AUGAAUCUCAUUGUAGCCAAGCUGCUGUGCUUGCUGGCAGUGUUUGUCCUCAUGAUGUUGGGAUCUCUUCUACCAGUCAAGAUAAUUGUGGCAGAUUGUGAGAAGGCUUCCAGAUCUCGUCGAAUUCUCAGCCUUUGUAAUGCAUUUGCUGGGGGGGUUUUCUUGGCUACCUGCUUCAAUGCGUUGCUUCCUGCUGUGAGAAAUAAGGUAUGUUUGUGUUUCUGUGUAUAUAGGAUUUUCAGUUAUUUGUCCUUUGGGGGCAUAUUAACAUGUAUUGGGUAGCACACUACUUCUUUAAGUGUUUUUUUUUUUUCUUACUAAUUAUUAUACAACAGUUAAGUGAAAACAAGAUGUAUGAAUAUAAAGACAAUAAAACAAAAUUAACUACAUAUCUUUCCCACUCUCAGGAUCAAUGGUCUUUUAUAACGCUCACAAUAAAAAAAGAUUUCCUUUAAGGGACACUAUAGUCACCUGAACAACUUUAGCUUAAUGAAGCAGUUUUGGUGUAUAGAACAUGCCCCUGCAGCCUCACUGCUCAAUCCUCUGCCAUUUAGGAGUUAAAUCCCUUUGUUUAUGAACCCUAGUCAAACCUCACUGCAUGUGACUUGCACAGCCUUCCAUAAACACUUCAUGUAAAGAGAGCCCUAUUUAGGCUUUCUUUAUUGCAAGUUCUGUUUAAUUAAGAUUUUCUUAUCCCCUGCUAUGUCAACAGCUUGCUAGACCCCGCAAGAGUCUCCUGUAUGUGAUUAAAGUUCAUUUUAGAGAUUGAGAUACAAUUAUUUAAGGUAAAUUACAUCUGUUUGAAAGUGAAUAACCUCCGAUCCAGUACCAGCACUUUAUUUAGUCUACCUCAAUACAAAAAGAACGCACCCCGAUCCUCCUUCUCCUACAGAGCACUGCAAUUGUGGAACGACCUCCCGCACACUUUAAAAUCUUCCCCAAGCCUAGAGUCCUUUAAGAGAUCCCUCUCUACAUACCUCAAAACAUAAUGCACGUCAUGAGUGAUUAUAUAUUUCCUACCUGUUCAAUGCUACAUUUUGUAUAUAUUGUGUAUUAAUAGUGUUUUUGUAUUUGUAUUGUAUUUGUAUUUUAUUGUACUCUAAUGUAACAAUGCAAUGUUUUGUGGACCCAGGACAUACUUGAAAACGAGAGAAAUCUCAAUGUAUCUUUCCUGGUAAAAUAUUUUAUAAAUAAAAUAUAAUAAAUACACAAUGACACACAUGCACUGACACAUACAGAUACACACACUUACAGAUAUACAGACAGACACAAACUCUGCCACACAUGCAGAUACACAGACACACAGAUGCAAACACUGAGACACAUACUGGCAUACAUGUAUAUACACACAGUGACAGACAUGCAGUUGCACAGGCACACUACUACACAUACUGACAUACAUACAGAUACACAGAUUUACACACUGACACACAUAUAGUUACAUGGACAUACUGAUGCACACACUAACACAUAUACAAAUGUACAGACACACAGGUACAAACACUGCCACACAUGCAGAUACACAGAUACACACCUACACAAACAUUGACACACAUGCAAAUAGACACAGACAUACUGGCACACAUGCAGAUACAUAGUCACACAGAUGCAAUCACUGACACACAUACAGAUAAAGACACACAGAUACAAGUGCAGAUAUACAGAUACACACACUGACACACACAUGUAAACAGAGAUACUGACACAUAUACACUGACACACAUCAUAACAAGAUUAGAGACUCCUCCCAUACGUUGUAUAGGUACUUUUGACAUUAUGCAGGACAUCUUUAAAAGAUCCCUUCCCCUCAGUCACUGUAUGUAGGGGGGAGAAUCUAAGGGACAUUCUGGUGCCAAGUCACUGUAGUACCUUCGCGCCAACCCACAUAAAACAAUAUUUACCCAUAGGAACAUAUUGAUGCGGACAUUGUGCCUGCCGUUAUGUAUCUAGAAACUCUGAAGAAUUUGCCAAACUGAAUGGUUUAAGUCACGUUCCUUUUUCAAUUGCCGAUCAGUGGGGGUUAUCUUAUCUCCUCACUAGUGCAUGUGGCUUAAACUACAUGGGUAAAAUCUUUAAGCCCUUUAAAUGUCGUACCCGGGAACAUGUAAAUUUGGUGAAGAGGCUCUAUCUCUAGACACCUACACCAGGGAAGCCUUUUGGAUAUAUAAAUUAAAUACUUUGAAGGCUUCUCCUUCUCGACAUUCAUCUAAUGUCAUUAUUAUACUCAUUGUAGCGGAACUGCAAUAUUAAAUUCCACGAUCUCCGCUGGUACAGAGGGUAAUCCAAAGUAAAGCACUGAAAAGUAAGGCAAUAUCCCAAAUCCCCCCAGUAACCGUACGAAACACAGUUCUGGGAGUCAACUGAGCUUUUAUUCACAAGUCACAGUAUUUAUGCAAGUCCCCAUGCAAGGGGUUUCCCUACUGACAUUGCAGGGGUUAUACAGUAGGGGACUACAUGGGGGACUUAACAAUCUGGACAUUUCUCCCAUCAGGCCCUGCUGAACGAGAGGGAUACUCCCACUGGAAUAUACCGUUAAGUGGAUUAUCCCUCCAUGAAGCAGAGCCAAAUUUUUACAUUAAAAUAUAUAACUUUUCCAUCAUUCACGUUAUUUAAACGAAUGGACGUUCAGUAGAUAGCUAGGGUCUGAGCGCACAUUUCGUGAGAAUACCGCUCAGAUCCCAGCAUAAAUAACCGAACGCUUCACGAAAUGCACUUUAACAUUAGGUUCGCCUAAAAGUACCGAACACCGAUGGGGAACCAUUAUAGUGAAAGACCGGAGCUCCUGAACGGCCUGGAAGCCCAGCGGUGUUCGUGCCGUCGAGUAGCCAAUUUCAGUUCCACACACUCGACGACCAAACACCGCUGGUGAAACAAAGGAUCCUAGAUGGCCGACUGCCGCGUGGUCGGGAGCUGAACGACGGCCACCUAGGAAAGCACUUAACUACCGAUUGCAACAUUGUUGCAAUCGGUUAAUGGGUGCCACACGACCCUCUGUGUGUGAGCUACUGGGUGGUAUCUCAUUCAUUUCACGAACAGCAGGUAAAGUCCCUGUUCAUGAAACGAAUACAUGAAUGCUAGCGGCUUUUGGCUGCUAGCAUACGAAUGCUCUAGGACAUAGCAGUACAUGCAGACAUUAAAAUAUAACAGUCCCGCGGCUUAUACAGACAACCUUUGCAGAUACAGCCAUUUACUCUAAAAGUGGCUAGGUUUGCCACACUCAUGUUUGAAUCAGAUGUGGAUUUAGCUAUACUAAUCAGCAAACAAAUUAACCAAUUACACUAACUUUGUUAUCUUCUUUUAUUUAUACGUUCUUUCGAUCUUUUAUGGUUCUUUUAUAUAUGGGGAUAUUUUUGAUCACAUUAGGAUUAACAUUUUUAUUAGUACAUAUAGAGGGAAAUAGAACAAUGAUACUGUCACGUAUUCAUCUGCACAUAAAAAUUUAUUUAAUGGCAUUUACUGUUCUGACAGGAAAAGUAGUGCCGAGCAACAUUACUGUCCUGACAGGAAAAGUUGUGCCGUGCACCAAUCAAUCCACAGGAGGGUUUGUGCUGAGCAGCAAUCAUGCAGAUAGGAACCUGCUAACUGCCUUUGGGGUCAAAGGCCGGUUACAACCUAUCAGAUCUACAGGCCCAGUUCUCCUCUUGCUCAAUGCCCUGCCGUGGUUUCCCUGGUGGUUGUCCGUUAUUGAUUCUGGUUAUUCUGGUCAUUUGACUUUGGCAUUGUUUUUGACUUCCCUGUUUUCUGGCAUCCCUGACCCCUGGCAUUUCCUUAUCGUUGUGUCUCUUCCUGUGUCCCUUGACCUCGGCUAUUCCUGACUGUUCUUUGGUACGUUAGUUCGGCCAUUCUAAGGUCCGGUAUACGUUACCUAUCAGUCCUCUGUGUUACACAAUUCUAUGUGCUGGAUCAUACUGUAAUCCUGACAUUAUGACAUGGCCAUAGAUCCUGUAGAAUUGUGUAAGCACAUAGCUGCUUCCCAAAGGAAACUAGAGGAGAAUGAUCACUGCAUGGAUCAAUUUGCCCAGGCCUUCAAUACGCUUUUUUCCUGAAUAGCACAUCUGCAGCCUGUGGUCUCCUCUACCGUCUCACCUCCACCUAUAGUAUACAAGGUGCCCACUAUCUCUCUAUCUCCUCCCCUGCAUUUUGUUGGUAAUAUUCAAGAAUGCCGGAGAUUCAUUAACCAAAUAGAAUAUCAUUUUUAGGCCUUACCCACAGAUAGCGUUAAAUUGGUUACCUGAUGAACCAACUAAAAGGUAAAGCUUUAGCGUGGGCCAAUCCGUUAUGGGAGAGUAAUAAGAGUGUGGCACACAAUUACCAGGAAUUCCUUAUGGAAUUUAAACUUACUUUUGAACCGUUAGGCAGGAAGGAUGACGCCUCCACUGCCCUGAUGCACAUCAGACAAGGGAACUGGUCUAUCAUAGAAUUUCGUACCCUGGCUUCCGAGGUAGACUGGACUAACAGUGGGCUAAUCUCUGCAUUUAAAAAGGUACUAUCUGACACUAUGCUAGAUGAGAUUGCUGCCAAAGAUCUACCCAAGAAAUUUAACGAGUUCAUCACAUUUGUUAUGCAAAUUGAUAAUAGACUAAGAACCAGAGAGAAUACUAGAAAUAAGACCAGACGUACGACUAUGCUUUUAACACCUCAUCUCUUCAAACCUGUUGUUCCUGACCUUCCUAUACAGUCCGAACCUGAACCCAUGCAGUUGGGGUCACUAGACUGUCAGAGGCCGAGAAACGAAGGUCUAUGUUUAUACUGCGAUAGUAAUUGACAUAUGAGAGACAAUUGUACCAUUCGUCCGAAGAAACUACCGCACCUAAGCGCCUUAAGGAGACAGGUCUUAGGUAUAAUGGAGACGUCCUCUGAAAAGAAUAAAUAUAGACUUCUCAUUGAUAUUUUGAUUAUUCUUGACAAAAAUAAUUUCAAAUUUCAUUGAUGUCCAAUUUGUCAAGGAUAAUACUAUACCCUUCAAGGAGAGUCUAUCACCCCUAGCCGUUGAAGCUAUUGAUGGGAGACCACUCUCACAACCAUUGAUAACGCAUGAAACCUUACCCAUUAAUAUUUCCAUUGGUGCCUUACAUAAUGAAGAGAUUACAUUUCAGGUGAUUGCAUCUCCUUCUUGUCCUAUCAUAUUAGGAUUUCCAUGGCUUAGCAAGCAUAAAUUUCACAUUGACUGGGCUAAUGGGGAAAUAUUAGAAUGAGGUAAGGCGUGUAAUGAAAGGUGUAUAUUGCAUGUCACCAAAAGAGUGGGCACUAUUGAAUUACCCACUAGUACACCUCAAAAUCGCGAGAUCCCUAUACAAUACCGUGACAUUAAAUAAGUAUUCAGCAAGACUCUGUCUAAUACGCUACCUCCUCACAUACCAUAUGACUGUUCCAUUAACUUACUACCCGGCGCUAUGCCACCUAAGGGAGCAGUCUAUGCUCUAUUUUCUCAGAAGAGUAGUGUAAUGGAGGAUUCAUAGAAUAAUGGCCAUAUCCGAAAAUCAUCCUCACCUGCUGGUGCAGGAUUAUUUUUUGUAUCUAAAAAGGUUGGUGAGUUGCGCCCAUGUAUCGAUUACAGGGCAUUGAAAAAAAUCACCAUUAAGAACGCCUACCCCAUUCCUCUUAUUGCUGAAUUAUUUGACAGACUCCAGGGCCCUAAAGUGUUUACUAAGCUUGACCUUAGAAGCGCUUACAAUUUAGUGAGAAUCAAGGAAAACCACGAGUGGAAGACUACAUUUAAUACCAGAAGUGGACACUAUGAAUAUCUAGUGAUGCCAUUUGGUUCGUGCAACACUCCAGCAGUUUUCCAAGAUUUCAUUAAUGAUGUACUCAGGGAUUACAUUUACUUGUUUGUGUUGGUAUAUCUGAAUGAUAUCCUUAUUUAUUCUCCUGACUUUCAGUCUCACCACGAUCACGUUAAACAAGUUCUGCAAACUUUGUUAAAAAAAAACAACUUUAUUGUAAAUCGGAAAAAUUUAUAUUUGACCAGUCUGAAGUACAGUUUUUAGGAUAUAAGAUUUCUGCCUCAGGGUUUCAGAUGGAUCCUAAAAAACUAGAGUCUGUUCUACAAUGGUCUUUACCCACUGGGUUGAAAGCCAUUCAAAGAUUCAUUGUUUUCGCCAAUUAUUACAGAAGAUUUAUAAAGGGAUUUUCUUCGGUAUUAACCCCCAUCACCAAUAUAACACUCAAGGGGAUUAGUAAUACGAUAUGGUCUAAGAAGGAUUUUGAAGCCUUUGAAACUCUCAAACAGCGGUUUGCCUCCGCCGACAUAUUGAUACAUCCUGACACUAGUAAGCUUUUCAUACUGGAGGUUGAUGCUUCAGAGACAGGGGUAGGGGCAGUUCUCUCCCAGAGGGAGAGCCAGGAAACUCUGCAACAACCUUGUGGUUACUUUUCUAGAAAGUUGUCUCCUGCUGAGCGCAAUUACGAUAUUUGCAAUAGAGAAUUGUUGGCGUUCCAAGGACCCCCUUUUGAUCAUUACUGAUCACAAAAACCUGGCUUACAUAGGAGAUGCCAAGCGAUUAUCUUCUAGACAAGCUAGGUGGUCUCUAUUUCUUGCUCGCUUUAAUUUUCUUAUCACUUAUAGACCUGGUUCUAAAAAUGUCAAGGCCAACGCCUUGUCCAGGCAGUUUGAUACUGAGGCUAUACUAGAGCAAGAAACAUCCCAUAUCAUUCCUCCGGAAUGUAUUAUUGCGUCCUUUCAUUGUCAUCUCCACUGCUUGGCUCCAUAAUGGAGGCUCAGUCUCAGGUGCCCUGCGGUAAACCUCAGGACAAAUUGUUCGUUCCAUUGGGGGAAAGGGUUAAUAUCAUGAAGGUGUUUCACGACAAUGUGUCUGCUGGUCACCCAGGAUUAAUAAAUCCACUUCUGCUAUCCUGAGGUCUUUCUGGUGGGAUUCCCUCAGGAAGGAUGUUAAGGAGUAUGUGCAGGCUUGUUCUGUUUGUGCGGUUUCCAAACUACCUCAUAAACUCCCUUGUGGCUUGUUGCAACCUCUUCCUAUUCCUGAGGUUCCAUGGUCCCACUUGUCCAUGGACUUCAUUGUUGAACUUCCUAGUUCUAAUGGUUAUACCGCUAUUCUCAUGAUUGUGGACCAUUUUUCUAAAAUGGCUCAUUUUAUUCCACUCAAGAAAUUGCCAUCAUCGCAAUACCUGGUACUAAUCUUUAUAUGAUAAAUUGUCUGUCUGCAUCGCAUUCCUCACAAUAUACUAUCUGAUAGAGGUUCUCAGUUUGUGUCUCAGUUUUGGAGGGCCUUCAAUAAACAAUUAGGAAUUGAAUUGUCUUUUUCAUCCUCUUACCACCCCCAGACCAAUGGUACAGCUGAGAGGGCUAACCAGUCCUUGGAAUUAUAUUUGCGUUGUUUCGUUAAUAGCACUGAAGACAAUUGGUCCGAAUUACUACCAUGGGCCAAGUUUGCUAGGAAUAAUGCUGACCAUGACUCCUCUGGGCAUAGUCCAUUUUUUUGUUAAUAAUGGCUGACAUCCUACUGUCCUACCGACUGUUUUUUCUGAUACGGCUAUUCCUGCUUUGGAUGACUGUCUGGCUUCCAUCCGUGAUACCUGGGUUAAAGUUCAAUCUGCUCUGGGUACUGCUGUUGACCGUUUCAAACAUUAUGCUGAAUUACGUUGAGGUGCCAAUUUGUUCUUCAACUUUUAUUUUCACACUUGGGUAGCACUAUGAGCACUUUAUGUUCAUUUGUUUACCAAGUGAGUGAGAGGGUUUUGUUAUCUUCUCGUAAUAUCAGGCUCAAAGUCCCUAGCAUGAAAUUUGCUCCUAGGUUCCUUGGACCUUUUCAUGUCCUUCGUCGGAUCAAUCCUGUUGCAUCCCAUUUUCGAGUGGAAAUGGGAUGUCUAUGAUGUGGGAGUAUUCCUCCCCCUUCCCGACUUGUCUCUGGACCGCCACUCCACCCCCUUGCAUUGCUGGAUGAGCUAGUGUGGCCUGUCAGGGGCUUAUUCACUUGGCACCUUGUGGGCAAUUUGUUCUUCAACUUUUAUUUUCACACUUGGGUAGCACUAUGAGCACUUUAUAGUUCAUUUGUUUACCAAGUGAGUGAGAGGGUUUUGUUAUCUUCUCGUAAUAUCAGGCUCAAAGUCCCUAGCAUGAAAUUUGCUCCUAGGUUCCUUGGACCUUUUCAUGUCCUUCGUCGGAUCAAUCCUGUUGCAUACUCUCUGGCCCGUCCGGCCUCCUUGAAAAUUCUUAAUACCUUUCAUGUGUCCUUGCUCAAACCUCUUAUUUGUAAUAAAUAUACUGUCCUGAGUGUCCCUCCUCCUCCCUUAGUUGUUUCUGGACAGGAAGAGUAUGAGGUCUCCUCCAUAAUUGAUUCCAGGUUUCACGGGGCAGUUUACAGUACAUGGUGGAUUGGAAAGGUUAUGGACCAGCCGAUCGUUCUUGGGUUCCGACAUCUGAUAUGCAUGCUGGCUGCAAGAUUCGCUAUUUUCACCCCAAGUUUCCUCUCAGGCCUGGUCCUGCCCGCCUGGUGGGCGUUCUUCUUGUGGGGGGUAAUGUCACAUAUUCAUCUUCACUUAAAAAUGUGAUUAAUGGCAUUUACUGUUCUGACAGGAAAAGUUGUGCCGAGCAACAUUACUGUCCUGACAGGAAAAGCUGUGUCGUGCAUCAAUCAACCCACAGGAGGGUUUGUGCUGAGCAGCAAUCAUGCAAAUAGGAACCUGCUAACUGCCUUUGGGGUCAAAGGCCGGUUACAACCUAUCAGAUCCACAGGCGGGGUAUUUAGGCCCAGUUCUCCUCUUGCUCAGUGCCCUGUCGUGGUUUCCCUUGUGGUUGUCCGAGAGCGUGUUAGUGAUUCUGGUUAUUUGACUUUGGCAUUGAUUUUGACUUCCCUGUUUUCUGGCAUCCCUGGCCCCAGCUUUUCCUUAUUGUUGUGUCUCUUCCUGUGUCCCUUGACAUCGGCUAUUCCUGGCUAUUCUUUGGUACGUUAGUCCGGCCAUUCUAAUGUCCAGUAUAUGUUACCUAUCAGUCCUCUGUGUUACACAAUUCUAUGUGUUGGAUCAUACUGUAAUCCUGACAGAUACAUCACAUCUCUCUGAUGUAGAAUCUAUUGUAUUUCUCUAUACUUGCCUUAUAACAAGUAUGGAUAAUCAUGGGCUGAUCAUACAUGAUUACUCGGGUGUACCCAAGGAGUAUCCUGGACGGGAGGUCCUUUAAGUGUAAUCUUAUAACAAGUGAAAUCUUUAUACUUAGAUUAAGCGAUUACACACAAUAUAGUACAUUACUAUCAGCCACUUGAUCAAAUGCUUUUUAUGCCCCUUGGAAUAUACUCAGAGUAUUGAUAAUCCUUAGUCUACACUGUAGAUUUGUGAGCCUGGAGACACAUAUAUAUGUCCAAAUUAAAUAGGGGUGGGUAAUAUAUAUACACCGCCUUUCAGGACUUAGGAUAACUAGGGGAUUCAAGAUGUACAAAUGAUUGGCAGGUUUACAACAUUACGGAUAUUGUCACCCUGCACUGGACACGCCCCUUUGGGCUGAUCCCGUUUGUGUCACUGGUGACAUUUUCGAGUGGAAAUGGGAUGUCUAUGAUGUGGGAGUAUUCCUCCCCCUUCCCGACUUGUCUCUGGACCGCCACUCCACCCCCUUGCAUUGCUGGAUGAGCUAGUGUGGCCUGUCAGGGGCUUAUUCACUUGGCACCUUGUGGGCAAUUUGUUCUUCAACUUUUAUUUUCACACUUGGGUAGCACUAUGAGCACUUUAUAGUUCAUUUGUUUUUUCAAUACAGCUCUAGGGUUUGUUGGUGCAGGUAGGCACUAGCUACGUGCGGUGCCGAGGUAACAAGGGACAGAGCUAAGCAUUAGACAUUAUAUUGAGGCAUCUCUAGACUCUCUUUAGUUGGGUGUAUGGUACCUAUAGGUUAUACAUAGGUCUAUGUCGUAUCCUCAUUGAAAGAUAUAUAGACUGUCCACUUGUAGUUCCUGACCUAGAGCUCUCUCUGUCCAGGAGUAGAGUCUAAUAGACGAGUACACAUUAAUGCACUAGGUAUUUAUAGUCCACUCUUCCCUAGAACUGUAGUUGUCUUAUCCUUUUGGGUUUUCCCCACUUUUUAGCCUUAGAUGUAAUAAAGUUAGGGUUUUUGCUGUUUCCUUUCUUUCUACUUGCUGUGCUCUUUCCCAGUGCAGUCCCUUCGCUUUAGAGCACCUGACUGGGAAUUUAUUUUGAUUUUGUGGGAAAUUGCUGAGGGUUGUCCCUUCUUGGAGAGCACAGUUUAGGCGACUGUUCCGUACAUAGGAGGUGUGGUGCUGUGGUGUCCUCUAGCCGCUGCACCCUGCUCCCCAUAAUUUUAUUGAUGUCCAUUUCCUUCAUUUUUAUCUGUAAAUACUGAACAAUAAUAUUCAUUGAGGCAGUCAGCUAGACCUUUAUCCUUUUCUACAUACCCUCCUUCUUUUGUUUUUAAUCUAACUAAUCCUUCUUUUACUUUCCUUUUCUCAUGUAUGUAUCUAAAAAUGUGUUGUCCCCUUUCUUUAUUGACUGUGCUAUUUUCUUUUCUGUUUGUGAUUUGGGAGCUCUUAUAACUUGCUUAGCCUCUUUCUGCCCAAUCUGAUAGAUCUGUCUAUCUUUCUUGCUCUGUUUUUUUUUAAUAAUUACUAAAUGCUAACUUUUUGUUUUUUUUACUAUUUUGGACACAUCUGCAGAGUACCACAGUGCUUUCUUAAUUUUUUGCUUUUACUUACAAGCCUAAUGCAAGUUUCUGUUGCAUUCAGCAGUGCAACUUUUAAAUAAUCCCAUUUCUCUUGGACUCCAUUUAAUCUGCUCCAGUCUGAUAAUGACUCCUUUACACAAAUUCUAAUUUUAGAAAAGUCUGUUUUUGUGAGGUGUGACUCAGUCACUGUUCUUAUAUUAAACCACACUGACUGAUGAUCACCGGAUCCUAAACGUUCACCUACAGUAAUAUCUGAUACCAAAUUUCCAUUUGUUAACUCUAAAUCUAGUAUGGCCUCUUUACGAGUUGGCUCCUCAACGACUUAUUUUAGAGACAAUCCCAGUAGGGAGUUUAGAAUAUGUGUGUUCCUGGCACAAGCAGCUAUUUUGGUUUUCCAGUUCACAUCAGGAAGAUUAAAAAAAAAGAUAACUUCCCCCUUCAUUGUCAUUUUUGCUAUUUCCUCAACUACUAGAUUAUCUAACUCUUCUAUUUGUCUUGGGAGCCUGUAAAUCAAAUUCUAACGUAACCCAAACAGACUCUAUGUUCGCCUCACUACCUUUUAUUAGACUAGAUUUUAUGUUAUCAUUCACAUGCUAUCCUCUCCCCCUUUCUCGCCUUCCCUGUCUUUUCUAUAUAAAGAGUACCCUGGUAUUGCUUUGUCCCAGUAAUUUUUCUCGUUAUACCAUGCACUGGACAUGCCCCAGUAACAUCUACAAAAUCUAUUUUAUCAGUUGCCAUUAUUGCCACAAGUUCAUGGAUAUUAUUCCCUAAACUGCGAGCAUUUGUAGACAUGACUCUGAGCUUAUUAUUUUUUAACACAUUUGCACCUGCUGUCCUUGUUUGGAUUGGAUUGAUGUUUUAUAACCCGUUUAACCCCUUAAGGACACAUGACAUGUGUGACAUGUCAUGAUUCCCUUUUAUUCCAGAAGUUUGGUCCUUAAGGGGUUAAAUACAUCCUAGCAAAAUCUCUGAACUGCACACUGAGAACAUUUGUUCCCUUUUGAGAAAGAUGCAAACCAUCUUUUUUGUACAGUUUAUUUCCAUUCCAAACAGAGCUACCAUAAGAAAUGAAGCCAAAUCCUUGCUCCCGAAACCAUUCACCAAGCCAGAAGUUAAAGUCCCUAAUACACAUCCGCCUGUCGUACUGAGUGUUUUGCACAGGCAGAACUUCAGAGAAUGACAGUGUUUGGAGCAACCUGCAGUAUAUCAUUGGCAAAAACACAAAAAACUUCCUUUACCUCUGAAAUCUCAUUGCAAGCCAAGUCAUUUGUCCCUAGAUGUACAAGUACAUCCAAUUCCCCUUCUAUGCUUUUUGUCAUUGGAUGCAGUAUUGCUCAACUUUGACAUAGAGGUUGGAGGUUCCACAAACUCUGUGCCUGAGCCUGUCUCCAUAACACCACUACACUCUGUGUCUGAGCUUGUCUCCACAACACCACUACACUUGGUGCCUGAGCCUGUCUCCACAACACCACUACACUUGGUGCCUGUCUCCACAACACCACUAUACUCGGUAGGAAAAACAGAAAAAAAUCAGCUCUAAAUAGCCACAAUAUAUGAAGGCUGCACUCCUCAAAAGGGGAUCCCCUACAAUUCCCCAAAGAUUGGAAGAACACAAAACAAACAGUACAGUAAGGAUGCGCCUAAAAAGUAUACUAAAAUAUAUGAAAUAAAAUACGUAAUAAGACUAUGUGUAAAAUAUAAUAUAAAAAAAUAGUUGACAAUCGUCCAAAACGUAUCAAAGUUCGUGAUGAGUAGUCCCACGGAAAGAUAAAAGAAGAUUCUUUAGGGUGUGGAGUAAGGUCAAAUCUUCAUAUAGGAUUCAGUGGAGGAUAUGUGGAGAAAAGAAGAAACAGGACUCCAAUGGUACAGUAUGUAGAUACGUUGAAAAUGAGAUAAUAAGAUAGGUCUUACUCACAAUUUUCAGAGCUGAGGAUCCAGCUCUGAUGUUAAGCACAUGAAGUGGAAUAAUCCCCACUCAAGGAUAUAUGGAGUAGACUUCAAAUGGCGAUUCUCUGGUACACGUUCAACGUCCAAAGUACAGACCCAGAAGAAGAAAAUAAAAUAUAGAGUGCUCUCUGUGUUACAGUAAAAUAUUAAAAUUAUAAAAUUAAUAUUACUCACAUUCUUUUGAGCAGGUAUAUACUGCUCACUAUAAGCGCUUGGGUGGUAUAAUCCCCACCUAUGGAUUCUUUAAGCUUCUGAAAAUUAGGCAAUAUAGGUAGUCAGGUGAAAGACAAGCAAGAAAAAAUGGCAAUAAAGUGUUUUAUGCCAAAAAAUUCUUUAUUGUAACGUAAUAAAAUAAUAUCUAGACACGUUUCGCCACAGGGGCUUCUUCAAGUAGAUAAAAGUGAAAAAAGGGGGGACACACCUGACAUACAAGGUUUAUAUAGGAUACAAUAGGGUUAUGGGUUUAAAAUUCCCGCCAAAAUGACAUCAUCAGAGCAUUCAAAAUAGUACAGACAAAAAAACAGUGAUUUUCCAUACAUAUAUGUAGAUAUGGUGAAUGUGAGGUAGAUAUAGUACUUUAAUUAAAAAAACGAAGGUUUUUAUCACUAAAAGUAACAUAUUGAAAACAAUCACGUGACGCGCGAUCUCUAGAUCUUGUGUGGAACGCAUGCGUCAUAGAAGGGGAGGUGAAUUCUCCCAGAUGCUCGAGGAAAAGUUUAAUCGAGCAGAGAGAAGGCUGUCUGCUGAUAACAGCAAGCAGAUAGCCUUCAUGUGGCACAUAACACACACUGACCGUCCACUCAGGCAGACAGGCAGCAGGCAUGAGCCAAACUAUGGGAUCAAAACCAAAUAUGGACAAAUAAAAGAUAUAAUAUAAUAGUAUAAAGUUAUAAUCUUAUAAGGCAGUAUUCAUACAAAAUAUACAUACAGUUGUGCAACAGCCUUCCCACAGAGAACAACACAUACAAUUAUGUUAAAAUAAAUUGUGUAAAAAAAGGGAUAUGUACAUAAAAGAAGUUAAUAUUAAGAUAUGGGGAGAGGUAAGAUUAUGAGAGAUUAUUAAAAUAUGUAAAAUAAAGACCUAAAACAGUAAAAAAAAAAAAAAAUUAAAUAAAAAUGUAAAAAAUUAUAGAAAAUUUAAAAGAUCAAAAUCAAUAUUCAGGCCUUUUGGGGCAAGGGUUUUCAAAUAUUCAGACCUUUUGGGGCAAGGGUUUUCAAAUUAUAUGUCCAUUCCAUUUCUCUUUUGCCAAGAACUUUUUUAAUGUCACCGCCUCUCCAUGGGACAUUACAUAUGUCUAUGCCUAAACACUUAAGAUAUUUUGGGUUCUUUUCGUGUUGUAAGAAAUGUUUUGAGACAGAAUGAUUCUCAUAGCCUUUUAAAAUAUUCCUACAGUGUUCGGCUAAUCUUGUUUUUAAAUUUUUAGUGGUCAUGCCAACAUAUUGUAGUCCACAUGGACAUUCCAGAAGAUAAAUCACGUUUUUGGUAUUACAAUGAAUAAAGUGUUUUAUUUGAUAUAUUUUCUGUGUAAUUGUAGAUGUGAACGAUGUAGUUUUGGACUUAAUAAUAUUACUCGUACGCUUGCAAACAAUGCAUCUAUUGCAUUUAUAAAAACCGCUUGGUUUAUUCAAAAAGGUAGAAGGACUAGGGGAUAAGGUGCUAUGUUUAUGUUUAGUAUAAUUACUUGUAAGGAUGGACUUAAAGCUGGGUGCCCCCCUAAAUAUAACUUGUGGUUUUUCGGGGAUAAUCCCAGCCAAAGUCUCAUCCUCUUUUAAUUAGGGAUCGACCGAUAUUGAUUUUUUAGAGCCGAUACCGAUAAUCUGCGAACUUUCAGGCCGAUAGCCGAUAUCUUGCCGAUAUUCUGUACAUUUACUAUUUUGAAUAAAUAAACUAAUUCGAAAGGUAAAUGCACAAAAUAUACAUGCCACAUGUAGUGGAUGAAGUGUGUUUAGACAGGGGAACUGUGUGUGUGUGUGUGUAGUGGAUGUGUGUGUAUAUAAUGCAGUGUGUGUAGUGUGUAUAUAAUGCAGUGUGUUUAUGUAGUGUGUGUAUAUAAUGCAGUGUGUUUAUGUAGUGUGUGUAUAUAAUGCAGUGUGUUUAUGUAGUGUGUGUGUAUAAUGCAGUGUGUUUUUGUGUGUGUAUGUAAUGCAGUGUGUGUGUGUUUGUGUAGUGUGUAUGUAUGUAAUGCAGUGUGUGUUUGUGUAGUGUGUGUUUGUGUAGUGUGUAUGUAAUGCAGUGUGUGUCUGUGUAGUGUGUAUGUAAUGCAGUAUGUGUACUGUGUUUGUGUAGUGUGUAUGUAAUGCAGUGUGUGUGCAGUGUGUGUGUGCAGUGUGUGUCUGUAAUGCAGUAUGUGUGCAGUGUGUGUUUGUGUAGUGUGUGUUGUAAUGCAGUGUGUGUGCCUAAUGUAGUGUGUGUAUGUAAUGCAGUAUGUGUACUGUGUUUGUGUAGUGUGUAUGUAAUGCAGUGUGUGUAUGUAAUGCAGUGUGUGUAUGUAAUGCAGUGUGUGUGCAGUGUAGUGUGUGUCUGUAAUGAAGUAUGUGUGCAGUGUGUGUUUGUGGUGUGUGUGUAGUGUCUGUCUGUGUAGUGUGUGUAUGUAAUGCAGUGUGUGUGCCUGUGUAGUGUGUAUGUAAUGCAGUGUGUGUGUAUGUAAUGCAGUAUGUGUGCAGUGUGUGUUUGUGUAGUGUGUGUUUGUGUAGUGAUGUAAUUUGUGUAAUUUUUUAUUUUAAUAUUUUUUUUAAUAUUUAAAUGUUUUUUUUGUUUAGUCCCCCCCCAGUGUGUGUUUGUGUAGUGUGUGUUUGUGUAGUGUGUAUGUAAUGCAGUAUGUGUGCAGUGUGUGUGUAGUGAUGUAAUUUGUGUAAUUUUUUAUUUUAAUAUUUUUUUUAAUAUUGAAAUGUUUUUUUUAUUUUUUGUUUAGUCCCCCCUCCCUGCUUCUUACCAGGGAGGGGGAUAUAGUAUCCCCUGGUGGUCCAGUGGCUUGUUAAGUACAGUGGUGGCUCAGCAGCAGCAAGCGCUGACUUACAUUGCAAGCAGCUCCUACAGCUCCCUGUGUAAAUCUCGCGGCUCUUAGUGCCGCGCGGAGCGUUGCCAUGGUAACCCGUGGCAACGCUCUGCGGCCGUGGGUCUCGCGAGAUUUACACAGGGAGCUGGAGGAGCUGCAUGCAAGGUAAAUCAGCACUUGCUGCUGGCCCCCACAGGACCGCCGGGCUUGUAAUGGGCCCAGCGGUACUGUUAUAUAUUAUCGGCAAUAUCGGUAUCUGAAUUGGCCGAUACCGAUAUUGCCGAAAAUACCAAAUAUCGGCCAGACCGAUAAUCGGUCGAUCCCUACUUUUAAUAUAUGCCAAUGUUUCUUUAUGAUCUUCUUCAUAACAUUACUUUUGUUAUUGAAGUCGAAAAUAAUUGGCAAUACUGGGGCGGUUUUCGUUUCUUUAUUUGUUUUAUAUUCUAGAAGUUCAGAUCUAUUGGUUGUCCUGAUAUAUUUUAACGUUUGAUCCACAUUGUUUCUAGGAUAAUUUUUUUGAAAGAAUUUGUUGGACAGUAAUUGAGACUGUUCCUCAAAAUCUUGUGUGAGGGAACAGUUUCUACGUAAACGGAGAAACUGGCUUUUUGGUAUCCCUUGAAGCCAUGGUUUGUGGUGACAACUAGAUACAUCAAUAACGUUAUUGGUGCAUACCUUCUUAAAAAAAGUCUUAGUAUGGAUUUGAUAAUUUUUAAUAAAAAUCUCUAAAUCUAAAAAAUUGAUAGAAGAUUUACUAAAAUCCCAAGUUAAAAUGAUACCUUUGUCAUUGUUGUUAAGAUGUUGUAAAAACUGAUUAAGAGAGUCUUCUGGGCCAUCCCAAAUAAAAAACAAAUCAUCAAUGUAUCUAAAAUAUGUAACCAGGCUCGCCCGCCAGCCAUGUUCACCCAAAAUGGCAGUGGAUUCCCAAUCCACCAUAAAAAGGUUAGCAUAGCUGGGGGCAAACCUGGUCCCCAUAGUAGUACCCUGUUUUUGUAGAUAAAAAGAAUCUAAAAACCAAAAAUAAUUAUUGUUUAAAAUAAUAUUAAUACCUUGGAUAAUAAAAUCUAUUUGUUGAUCAGGGAUAUUCUUUUCAGCUUUUAAAAUUUUUUCAACUGCUAAACAUCCUUUUUUUGUGGCAAAUAAUGGUGUACAAAGAUUGCACAUCACAAGUCACUAAAACAUAUGUAUUUUUCCAUUUAAAAGUGUUUACAAAACGGAGUAAGGACAUCGAGUCUUUUAGGUAUGAAUUCAUACGUUUCACUGAAGGUUGUAAAAAAAUGUCUAAAUACUCAGAUAGAUUCGAUAAAAUAGACUUAAUACCCGACACAAUGGGUCUGCCUGGGGGAUUAGUAAUAUCUUUAUGAAUUUUCGGUAAAAAAUAAAUAACUGGGAUAAUGGGAUGAGAUACAUUGAGAUAUUCAAAUUCAUGUUUACUUAAAAUAUUUUGGGUCUGUACUUUGGACGUUGAACGUGUACCAGAGAAUCGCCAUUUGAAGUCUACUCCAUAUAUCCUUGAGUGGGGAUUAUUCCACUUCAUGUGAUUAACAUCAGAGCUGGAUCCUCAGCUCUGAAAAUUGUGAGUAAGACCUAUCUAAUUAUCUCAUUUUCAACGUAUCUACAUACUGUACCAUUGGAGUCCUGUUUCUUCUUUUCUCCACAUAUGCUCCACUGAAUCCUAUAUGAAGAUUUGACCUUACUCCACACCCUAAAGAAUCUUCUUUUAUCUUUCCGUGGGACUACUCAUCACGAACUUUGAUACGUUUUGGACGAUUGUCAACUAUUUUUUUAUAUUAUAUUUUACACAUAGUCUUAUUACGUAUUUUAUUUCAUAUAUUUUAGUAUACUUUUUAGGCGCAUCCUUACUGUACUGUUUGUUUUGUGUUCUUCCAAUCUUUGGGGAAUUGUAGGGGAUCCCCUUUUGAGGAGUGCAGCCUUCAUAUAUUGUGGCUAUUUAGCGCUGAUUUUUUUCUGUUUUUCCUACCGAGUAUAGUGGUGUUGUGGAGACAGGCACCAAGUGUAGUGGUGUUGUGGAGACAGGCUCAGGCACCAAGUGUAGUGGUGUUGUGGAGACAAGCUCAGACACAGAGUGUAGUGGUGUUAUGGAGACAGGCUCAGGCACAGAGUUUGUGGAACCUCCAACCUCUAUGUCAAAGUUGAGCAAUACUGCAUCCAAUGACAAAAAGCAUAGAAGGGGAAUUGGAUGUACUUGUACAUCUAGGGACAAAUGACUUGGCUUGCAAUGAGAUUUCAGAGGUAAAGGAAGUUUUUUGUGUUUUUGCCAAUGAUAUACUGCAGGUUGCUCCAAACACUGUCAUUCUCUGAAGUUCUGCCUGUGCAAAACACUCAGUACGACAGGCGGAUGUGUAUUAGGGACUUUAACUUCUGGCUUGGUGAAUGGUUUCGGGAGCAAGGAUUUGGCUUCAUUUCUUAUGGUAGCUCUGUUUGGAAUGGAAAUAAACUGUACAAAAAAGACUACUCAUCACGAACUUUGAUAAGUUUUGGACGAUUGUCAACUAUUUUUUUAUAUUAUAUUUUACACAUUGUCUUAUUACGUAUUUUAUUUCAUAUAUUUUAGUAUACUUUUUAGGCGCAUCCUUACUGUACUGUUUGUUUUGUGUUCUUCCACUAUACUCAGUGCCUGAGCCUGUGUCUACAACACCAAUACACUCUACCGCUGGUAAUUCACACCCUAAAGACUGCACAGACUGUUGGAAACUCUGUGGCGAACAGGCCACGUAUCUCCAUUGCUGGUGAUCUUGUCCCAAACUACAACUAUUUUGGCUAGAGAUUCAAAAACUAAUUAAACUAGUAUUAGAGAAACCAUUCCCGCUGGACCCCCGGGCCGUAUUACUGUCCAGACCAACACAAUGACCAGACAUGAAAACAAAUAAGCAGCAUGCAUGGCCUUGGCAGUGCGUAGAGUUAUUGAUGAAUUAUGGGCCAACAAACGCUCUCUGAUGCUCACCACAGUGAAACGUAAAAUCAACGAAGCAUUAGAAAUGGACUUACUGAUGGCACAACUCCAUGACAUACCUAAGGAUUUCCACAGAAUCAAUGGGUUAACAGUGGGAUGGGAUCCCCCUAUUUACAAGAACAAACCGUUCAUAACCACACAAAUCCACGUGCUAUAUGCCACAUUGUAGGAACCGUACCCUGCAUCCCACAACCCCACGGGGCAUCCCAGGGGGGCUCCUUAGGACCGCCUACUCUUCUUAUAAACUGCUAAACUCUUUUCUUCCCACACCUCUCCACGCUCCACAUGAACCACUCUAACAAUUUCGCAACCAAACACCACACACUCUAUACCCGCUACCUGUUAAUAGUUCUGUUCCCUUACCCAUGUCCCCAGUUCUGUUGUAAAUAACACCCUAAGGCAGGGUCCAACCAGAACCCCACGAAUCAAUGGACUUGACAUAGCCCAAAGCAUCAUAACUCCCUAAAAGGAACACUCAACACUGUGUGCAUGGCCUAGCACCCAUGGGGAGACUGUAACGGACCGUUAAGCAUAAAUGGGGUUAAAAACCGUUUAGGCGAUAUUCCCAUUCCAGAUACAUAGGCAGCUACUGCAAGCACCAAUCUCUCGAACAGGAAACACACAAAUUCCCCAACUCCCGAACUGGAGCCAUACGAAUGCUGUAAACAGCCGAAGAGUAAAAACCAUACGAACGAUUACACUCCUGGCAGUCGCACUGUAACACCAUACAAUCCAAUUCCCUCCAAGAACGAGACGACACUUUGUUUGAGGGACAAGCAGAACUGAUUUACUGGGGCUACCUGCCCGGCUUUUAUGCAGGUCUUCCACCUGGUGGACACUCCCCUAGGGCACCAGAUGGAAUACAUAGUGGACAUUGACCAAUCACAAGCUUACACAUUUAAAUACAUAGAAACAUAGAAUGUGACGGCAGAUAAGAACCAUUCGGCCCAUCUAGUCUGCCCAAUUUUCUAAAUACUUUCAUUAGUCCCUAGUCUUAUCUUAUAGUUAGGAUAGCCUUAUGCUUAUCCCACGCAUGCUUAAACUCCUUUACUGUGUUAACCCUCCCACAAUGCAUUAUAAUCCCUCCUCUCUAUCGUGGAGAUAACUGGGAAGUAAUCCAACUAUCUCCAAGGACAGAGGCAAAACUCCAUUAGCCACAUGUUAGUAAAAAGACAUAAAAUUACACUGUGUUACAAUUACUACAUAAAACAUAUACAUUCAACAUAUCCCCAGAUAGCUUAGAUCUGAGCGCACAUUAUUACUGAAUGGUGCUCAGAUCACAUACAUACAGUUCAGUCACCAUGGAGCCAAAGUCUUUCCCAUAGUCUUUCGGUAUAAGAAUGUGCUCCAUGGCUUAGAUAUCUGGGGUAGCACUCUUCACACAUUAAAAUACCGAAUGGACUGGCGUUUGGUUAAAUGACUGAAGGCAGGAGAAGGGAGGUCGGCGGUUCAGCAGUGUUCACGCAAAUAAGUGUCCGUUUUCAGUUCCAAAGUUUUGUAGCUCAACACCGCUGGCUGUUCAGGAGUUUAAGAUGGCCGCUGUCACGUGUUCGGUUAUACGAACAGCGACCCCCCUUGCGUUCACCAAUUAAGCUGCUUUUAGCCGCAGCUUCUGGGAGGUAAAUCCCUGGCACACUCCUUGUCCAGGUGGUCCCUUCAUUCGUGCUUUGGUUCGGUAGAUUCAAUCUACCGAACGCCCAGGCAGAAAGGCACAAACAAGCCUUUCUGCAUGGAAAAUAAAAGGUUUUUAAUGCAGGGCCAUAGUCCAAAGGCAGCAGAUGAGCAACCAGGCUUCUUCAGUGCUUUGUGGCGAGGUUGGUUCCGCCACAGAGACACCUAAAAAAACAACUGUGCACUUCCCACUUACUGGUUUGUAACCAUCAGAUAAACUCCCUUGCUAUACGAAGGGUUAGUGUUGUAGCUAUAUUUGCUGUUUGCUUGACAAAUUGUAACAGUGCCGUACCCUACCCACUCUUUUCUGUAUCCCAUUUACUUUGGAAAAACAUCAAUAAAUAAAGAAUGUAAAAAAAAAAAAAGCAGCAACCAAGCUAUAUUAGCCAAGCUAAUGACCACAAUGCUUAUAUAACUCCUAAAAGCACCACCCACUAUGAAUGUUUAACACCUGGGUGGACCCCUGCUUAUUUGCAAACAAUAGAUAAGUAACCAACAAUCAACAGCGAAAGCCUAGCUAAUCAAAUUAAAAUGCCUUACCAAUUACCUGACUUGCCCCCAUCAAACUCUCAUUGAUCCCUAUGUAUGACUGCCGGAAUAACCUGUCUAAACCUCUCGGACAUAAUUUUUUAAUAGAGCUUGAUAUCUUGAUUUAUCAAAGAGAUCAGUCUGUAGUUGGUUACUUGAGUAGGGUCUUUUUCUGGCUUUAGAAUCGUUAUUAUGGAAGCAUGCAGCAUCACCAUUGCAAUUAUUUUGUUUUGCGUAAUAUAGUUAAAAGUUCUGACUAAGAAAAGGGAAACUAUUUGUAACAAAACCCCUCUUUGAUUUGCAGUAGUGAUGGUGGUUUUGUCCCUUCCUACAGUGAUUAUGGUGUGGGUGUCCUUCCUAAUGCUUAUUGCACCAAAGUACACAUUACUGGACUUUGUUUCCCUGCUCUGGUCGGAUUUUUUAUGAUUCCUGGGGUGCUCGUUAGUGAUUUCUGCAAAUAAAGAUUUCAUCACAAAUCGGAUCAUAGUAUUCUAGUAACCGAACAAAGUGGCGAACCACCGACCACCCUGCAUGUGGAGUGUGCUGCUAUUUAACCACCCCAGGCAGGGUGGUCGGCGUUUGUAUGAAUGAACAUGUGGUGGCGGCCAUUUUGUUUAGCCGAACGCGCUCGGCGGUGUUUUGUCAUCGAACGUGUGGAACUAAAAUUGGACACUCAGACACUAACAUCGCUGAGACUUCCACCUUCCGUGCGUUCGGCUAAUAACACACGAACAGAGCGCUAUUUGUGGAGAAUAAACUACAGAACGAGACACUUUCAACGAAGUUAGGUACGAACGGAUCAGUUCGUGCAAUUUGUACCUUAUUUGAAAGAGAAGAUAGACCGGCCGCACAGCCUAAAUCUGUGGAACUGUUUUGGGCAUGAAAGCCAUGCUUGCGGUCGGUCAAAAGAGACUUCCAUAAAACUUUUGAACCCCUGCUCUGAUCUGGGUGAGUUUUGGAUAUGUUGUUCGCCCAGAUCAGAGCUAUCCAGGGAUGUAUAAGUGGGGAUAUGGGGAUAUGUUUGUGUUUUGGGGUGUUUCUGGACUUUGGGUAAAAAUUUAUAUUUUCUGCCUGUGGAUAAUUAGGUUAUUCCAUUAGCUAGCUUAAUUAUAUCACAGGCAGAGGGGAGGGAUUGCUGACUGUAUGUGGGAGUGUUACUGUACUAAUUAUUGUUCCUAUUGGUUUGUGUCCCUUUUGUCCCAGUUUACCAUCAGGUCCAGGGGGUGUGCCUCUGGCCUAAAAAUGUGUAUGAAAGAAAUGCCUUUAUGCUCAAUAAAACAGACCACCUUACCCUCAACUCGCAGCCUUGUCUCGUGUUAUAGGGAACAGCUAUACCUGCUAUAUCACUGCUAGGUCUUGUAAGAGCUCUCUCUUCAGCUAUACAGCUAUACUAGCUCCUCAGGAUAUCCCAAUCUGGCGAAUUGUAGAUUGCUAUAUUUGACCAUGUAACUUUCCAAAACACCAUAAAACCACAUCGCUGAAUACAAAUAUGUGUAUUUUAUUGCAGUAAAAGCAGACAGUAUUAUGACAUUCACAGUUAGAAUGUCACGUAGAACUAAACAUUUUUUAAAAAAUUUCUCCCAUUUUUUUAUAUUUUAUUCAUAUUAAAUUAUGUUUUAUACCUAAAUAUUUGAUGUUAAAUGAAAGCUCUGUUUCCCCUGAAUAAAAUGCACAUAAUAUGAAAGAGGUGAAUUACGCCUGAACAGACAUAUAGCGCAAAUUCAAGUUUUUGUUUACGUUUUGUUUUGAUCACAACAUGUACAUUUGGCUUAGUCGUUCAUUGGUUAAAAACACCCAGUGUUCCCCAUAGCGGCCAUGGAGUGGGGGUUUGCCUCCGCGCCUUUCCACCUCUGGUUGAAUAAUGUCCGGGGCCUGAACGUGCCUAAACGGAGGUCGCAUCUCCUACGCUCGGUGCAGCGAGGGUGUCCAUCGCGUUUCUACAAAAAAACCACUUCCGAGGGGAGAUGGGCCCAAGGCUGCAAGAUGCACGAUACCCUCAGGGGAAAAUAUUUAUGAAGAUUAUCGCAAUGUGUAUCGGCAGAGUCCUCCCGGAGCUUGUAGAUCCCAACCAAGUGGGCUUUAUCCGCUGGUAGGGAAGCGAGGAAUAAUACCAUACGCGCACACAGAAUGUCAUCCACGCGGCAAAACACUCGACGCAGAAGGUCCAUCUCCUCUCCACGCGGAAAAGGCUUUUGACCAGGUAGACUGACAAUUUAUGAAACCGACGCUCGUGGCCAUGAGAUUCGAACCACACCUGAUGACCUGGAUCUCCUCAUUAUUAUUAUUUCGACCUCCAGGAUAAAAAUCAAUGGGGCUCUCUCAGCACCGAUUCACAUACAUAACGGGACGCGACAGGAAUGCCCGCUCUCCCCCCUUCUGUUUGCCCUCUCCCUGGAACCCUUCCUGGGGGCAGUCAGACAGGAUGGGGGAAUAGAUGGUUUUGCCUUGCGGGGAACGACGCACAAGGUGGCCGCAUAUGCGGAUGACAUGCUAUAUUUUUAUCAGCAACCCGUUGGUCUCCCUCCCGAAUCUACUGAAAGCCUUUGCGGAAUAUGGUCAGAUCUCCAACUUGAAAUUGAACACGGAAAAAUCAGAAGCUCUCCCCAUCUCGAUAGGAGAAGAAACUACUGCCCACUUACGAAUCCAAUUCGCUUUUACAUGGUGCCAGGCCAAGCUUAAAUAUUUGGUUAUCUGGCUCACUGCAGACCUGAUCCAAAUAUACCCCCACAACUUCGCACCAAUGGCCCACACAUUGAAAACUGACCUGCCGCUUGGGGGAGGAGGGGGAGUGCUGGCUAUGUGUCUCAUGGUUCGGGAGAAUGAAUGCUAUAAAGAUGAACCUCCUCCCCCGCUUUUUGUAUCUGUUCCAAACCAUACCGAUCAGUCUACCCGUGACCUCUGCCGAGCACUGGACACUGCCAUCUCCAGGUUUAUAUGGAAAUCCAAGACCCCCAGACUGAGCAGAGCGUACCUUCGCCUGCCGAAAGCACAAGGAGGAGUGGGACUCCCCUCCAUUCAAGAUUAUCACAGAGAAACUCAUCUACACCAAGUGGUGGGUUGGCAUGUCCCUAGAUCCAGCAAAGUCUGGAUACACAUGGAGAAGAACCAAAUGGACGGGACGCUUCUGGCGGCUGUGUGGCUUGGCGGCUCCCUGGGGAGCAUGCGGACUCGGAAUAACACGCUCAUCGGAGCUACACUGAGGGUUUGGUACUCGAUCAGAACCAAACUCAUGCUAUCCACCACCCCGGGUUCACUAACACACAACCCCGAUCUUCUAGGGGGCCUUAAGCCACAGGACAUCAGAGCAUUUGCAGAAUCGGACUGGACAUAUAUGAGUCAGUGGUAUACAGCAGAUUCACUGAAGCAGCUACCGGAUCUCAUGCCGGAGGGGACACCUAGGGGCCUCUAUAGAUUCCGAUAUUUUCAAAUUAAGACUUACUAUCUGUCCCACACUGGGCGACUCCUGUUCCAUAGUCCUCUGACAGAGUUUGAGAAACUGUGCGUGGCGUGAGCGCAUCUGUCUCAGGAUCUAUCGACUCUAGGUUGAAAUCCAUUCUAACCUCCAAUUUCACUAAAGAAAGCGCAAAAAAAUCACAAUCCUGUCUCUUAUUUAACACUAAAGGGUUCUUUAAAUGUAAACGCUGCAAAGUUUGUAAAUGUACUGAUCAGUCGAUUAAACCCAAAACCACACAUUUCCAAUCUAAUAAAAUCUAAUGUAACAUAUAAUAUUAAAGAUUUUAUUACUUGUACUACUAAAAAUUUAAUUUACCUCCUAGAAUGCCCAUGUGGGCUCCAAUACGUGGGUAUGACCACAAGAAGUCUUAAAACACGAUUAGGAGAACACUGCAGAAAAAUUAUUAAUGGAUACCAAAAUCAUACUGUAUCUAAACAUUUUACUAUCCAUAAUAAUGAUCCUGGUCUCUUAAAAUGUAUCGGCAUAAAAAAAUGCACUAUUCCAUGGAGAAGAGGCAAUAUUAAAAAUAUUUUAGGUAAAUGUGAAAUGGAAUGGGUUUUUAAUUUGAAAACAUUAAUUCCUAAUGGUUUAAACGUUUAUUUUGAUUUAUUCAAUUUUAUUUAAUAAUUUUAUAUACCAUUUUAUUUGUUUUAUACCAUUCAUCCACAAACCUAUUGUGACGGUAGUAGAAAAUAUCCCCGUCAAGCAUUCCCUUCUUCCCAUAAAAGAAAAGCACUCAAUAAGCAGAAAUAUCCCUGGAAUCGCCGAAUAAUCCACACAUGAGCCAAAACUUAAUGCUGGAACAAGACUGAUUUACUGGCACACAGAACUCACAAUUUAUGCAACACAAAACUCCUCCUCUGGGCCAGGCUAGAUAAUUGAGUUUCUACAAUACACACAGCUCAAUUAUCUGCUGGCCAGAAACAUUAAAAUUUUUAACAAUUUCAGAAACAUACUUUUUACAAGACAUACAAAUAUACUUUUAACAUCCCUGGGUAGCUGAGGAUACUGGUAGUCACAUAUCCAAAUCUCACGAAUUUCCGUUCGGUAGUUUCCGUGUCGCAUCGUGUGGAAGUUUGACCGGCUUGCCAUGUGGAGGUAUCCGAAUUAGAGUUCCAUAGAAUCAGUAGCAAGAGGCGGUCUCCGUUCGCAUCUAACUACAACAAAACCACCGUUCGUAUGGUUCAGCUGGUUACCUGUGAAUGUUCCCCUCAUUCGGUAGAUGCUAUCUACCGAAUGCCAGUUUGAUUCGUGGAGGGGAACGUAUUCAUCCAGGACUUCCAUGGGGACCGGGCGUUCGCAUGUUUCCCGUACCGAAAACAGUUCCAUGCAAUUCAUGCGUAAGCCCCGCUGACCGCAUUCGUGAGUUUUAAGAUGGUCGCCAUCCUGUGUUCUAAUUGCUACUUGCUACCCAGGGUGUGUGGUCCCCUUUUGGUAAAUGAAUAUAUUUAUUCUCAACAUUUUAAACCGAACAAAUACAGACAUUAAAACAGCAGGGAGAGGGUUAAGCUGAAAGCAUAUAGGCAAAUACAUAAAAGUCCUUCACACCUAUCAUUUUAACUAUUAUUAUUAUUAUCAGGUUUUUAGUAUGCUUUUUAUUAUGGUACUAUAUGUUUAAUUUUAAAUGCACCAGUAGUUCCUAAGUUUUGUAUUUUAUUAAGGUGCUUAUAUACACCACUAGUAAUAUGGCCACUUAUCAUGUUAAUUCUUAGGAGUACAUUCCCCAUCCAAGAUGGCCGCCGCCAUAAUUUUUGCCUCUAGCCCCUUUCCUAUGCGUCCCCUGGCCACUCCCCUUUCCCCUUUGCCCAAUACAGGGCUUUAUUCACUCUUAACACAUGUAGUCUACCUUAUGACUACAUGCCCCACAAUACUGUGUGGCCGGAAGUGACGUCACGCUUAUGACGCACGUCACGUGGUCCGGCCGAAAAUAUGAAAAUUCUCAAUAAAUAAUGCUCAUUUUUAUACAAAAGUUAUGCCAUAAGCAUCAGAUAAGUUAUAUCUACCCAAUUCUUAUCAUCAAAUGCUGCUAUGUAUGUGCAAAAAUUAUUUGUUUUACUAUUGGUUGUACAAUUUUAAUUAUUUCUAUACCUAUAUAAACUCUAACCAGCCAGGUUAAAAUGUUUGUUAUCCAUUGAUAAAGCCUUAUACUGGCGAAACGCGUUUGGAUAUUUUUACUGUUUUUAUAUACUGUUAAUAAAAAGAUUUUGGUCAUUUUUUACGUUUAAACCAUCAUCUUUUACUAUCACCUGGCCUUUUAUAUAUAUUUUAUACUAUAUACUUUUUUAAGAAUAAUUUUUAUCUCCUGGGUAUUAUACUCCAAAGAAUCCUAGGUGGGGAUUAUACCACCUACGCUGUUACACUGUGAGUAUAUUUUAUUAUUUUAUUCAUCACCAAGAUUUUAUUGAGAGAACUAUCGUUGUUUAAUCUUCUCUCCAAGCUAUUGAUAUUCUCGUCAAGAUCACUCAUCCUAUAUCCUACAAGCGGGGAUUAUACCGCUGCACGCCUAACAAACUAGAGCUAGCCAAAGCUCUACCGAAUGUGAGUGUAUCUAUUAUAUUUUAUACCUUUUAUUGCACGUGUGGAACAUACUGCACCAUUAUUGUUUCCAUUUUUAUUUCCAACUUGCUCCCCUGCCACUACAUAGAAGAGGAUACUUGCCGUAUAUCCUGCAAGCAGGGUUCAUACCGCUGUAAGCCAUUCACACCAGAGCUGGAUUAAGCUCUGUCAACUGUAAGUAAGAACUCUUCUAAUUUACUAAUUUGGAUUAUCCUUUACGUCAUUGACAUCUUCUGGAUAUCGCAAAAAGAAUUAAAAGCAUCAAGUUUGGGGCUGACAAUUAAGGACAUGGACUGCCUGGAAACUUUGAUUGAACUACUUGAUUCCAAUAAUCCCAAUGACACCAACAUCCCAACUACCCAGCUUGCACCCAAGAGCUGCUCACCACAUCUGAAAGACUAUGAGAACAUUGAAGUCUUUCUAGAUAUGGUGUGUAGGGAAAUUUAGGAAGUUGAAUUAGGAACUCUGAGUAAAGAAUCUAUUGGCAAUCUUACUAGAACAGAAAAAUUGGCAUUGAGGCAACUUAAGGAGAAUGACCAAUUGGUGAUUAAACCAUCGGAUAAGGGCGGCAAUAUAGUCCUUAUGGAUCAUUCUAAAUACAUACAGAUGGUACAAAGUUUAUUAAAUGACAGGGAGACCUAUCAACUCUUAAAUCAUGAUCCUACCACACAAUACUUCACCGAAAUUAAAGCUAUGUUAAGUCAAGCCCUAAUGGGAAAUCUGAUCACCAAAAAUGAAUUUGAGUUUAUGCUGGUUAAACAACCAAUACUCUCAACUUUCUAUAGUUUACCUAAAGUUAAUAAAUCCCUAGACAAUCCGUCAGGAAGACUGAUGUUUCGGGUUGUGGGAAUUUAACUCAAAAUCUGAGUAUUUUUCUGGACAAGAUUCUGUCCCCUAUUGUUGCAAAAUUACCAUCGUAUAUAAGAGAUACGAAACAGAUGCUAAAUUUCUUGAAGGAUAUCUCCAUACCAGAGCAGGCACUAUUGUGUAGCUUGGACGUUGAAUCCCUAUAUAGUUUCAUACCACGUACACAGGGAAUUGACAAUAUUAAAACUAUCCUUGAACAAGAAUUACAAACUCCGGUUGCCUUCAUAGACCUUAUUUCCUAUAUACUCAGAACAGUCCUUACAAAGAACAUCUUUCUCUUUAACGGCACCAUCUACAAGCAAAUUAGGGGGACAGCGAUGGGGACAUCCUGUGCUCCCUCCUACGCUAAUCUUUAUCUGGGUACUUGGGAAAAUCUAAUUUGAGUCAUUUCAUGGGGAUGAUAUCAUGUUGGAAAUGGUACAGAGGUGAUGUACUAAUCAUAUGGACAGGGAGCAAAAAAGACUUAAAUCUUCGUAAGUCUUUGUAGCGGAUGGCUCUGGGCUGUCCUGAAAAUUUCAUGUGUUCACUGCAUUCGUGUAAACUGCUGGUUUUAUAUGUGUUUAAAUAAAGUGUAUUCGUCUGAUUGUUCGGUAGAAUCAUUCGAAUAAACUAAGGGAAUGAAACUACCGAACAAUCAGACCUCCCCUGUGUGAAGUGUGCCUCCAAUUACCCGUUGCAACAAUGUUGCAAACGGGUAAUUAACAAGCUAUGCAGUAGGUCCUUUGUCUAGGAUUCACAUGAAUCCCCUCGUUCGGUUAUUUCUGUCUACCGAACGAGGGGCCGUUCGGUGGUUUGGAACCGAACGGACCGGGCUUGUGGAGGACUCAGCGGUGUUCGCCUAGUCGAGUAUCCGAUUUGAGUUCCAGACACUCGACGGCAAAACACCGCUGUUCGGGAGUUUUAAAAUGGCCGCCACCACGUGUUCGUUUCCCGAAUGGCGGCCACCCCGAGAUGAUCUCUGUAGCCUUAGCCGUUCGUGUAAAUUAUUCCCUUGUACUGGGACCGACCGCAGGGCCCUAUCGCAUGGAACCCAAUUCGGCUGUUCUAUCCAGCACAGUCGGUCUUUUUAGUACCUUCAUAAAUUUCCCCCGAAUUUGGGUACAGUAUAAGGUGAUUAUGAUGUAGGCUGAGGGGAGGAGAUGUGUGGGAGGUUACUAUUGCCGGAUUGGGUACUGUACUAAUUGAUGAAAAUCCCUCCCUUGCAUGGGAGCAUGCUAUAUAAGGCACUGUGGAAUAAAGGUUGUCAGUUCUGCUCCUGAUGCUGUGUGUCGUCCAGUCAUUGGGAUUGCUGUGGGGAUACUAUUGGAUUAUUUUGCCUGCUGGAAACCUUGCCUGUGGAUUUAUAAUUUACUUGUUCCUGAGCCUCACUGGGAUCCUAAGCGGAGAUAACCUGGGGAAUAUUGUAUCUCCGCUACAUUGGUUGGCAGCGCUGGGAUCCAGACUCACAGAGGAACAAGCAUAAAUGGAGUACAGAUGGAGAUUGAUUUUGCUACGCUAAAGGACCUCCUGGAGGCAAGGGGUAUCCAAGCCAGCAACAAGAAGAAAGCGGUACUCAUUACUGAACUUAUGGCAGAGUACCUAAUGGAUGGCGAUUCGGUUCCCGAACAGGGGGAUUCGGGAGAAACACAGGAAGAGAUGGAGUUCCAGAGGCAGCUACAAUUUAGGCUGUCUUUUUAUGGGGAACUCCCUCCAGCAGAAAUUAUUUGAACGACCAUGACAGAGGUCCAGGAAUUCAUCUUAAGGAAACAGACAACAGCAGCCCCAAAACGCAGCUCUGCAGUAAAUAUGCAACAAGAAGGUAAGCCAAAAAUACCAUACCAGGCUUUUAAAACGUAUGUGGAGGCAGAGGAAGAUAUAGACGCUUUCCUGCAAGAUUUUGAGAGAUUGUGUGCACUGCAUAGAAUCAGCACAGAGGACUGGGUACCUAUUUUGGCAGGAAGGUUAACUGGAAGGGCAGCAGAGGCAUAUCGUACUGUGCCCAAUGAGGAAAUCUGGAAUUACAGUAAAGUAAAAGAAAUUAUACUGGCCAGGUAUGCUAUAACACCAGAAGCAUACCAGCGGAGAUUCAGGGAUUUAAAGAAAGUGGAAAAAGACUCACACGCAGAGUGGGCAUGCAGGUUACAAAGGGCAGCACUCGGAUGGGUGCAAGCUAGCAAGGCACGGUCCAUGGAGGAUAUAAUACAGAUGAUGCUGAUGGAGCAAUUUUAUGAGGGAGUAACCAACGAUGUCCAGGAGUGGGUAAGGGACAGAAACCCUACCUCCCUCACCGAAGCUGCCAGGAAGGCAGACGAGUACCUGGAUGCACGCAGGCAGCAAAAACCUGCAGCUCCAAAAGCCACAUUUAAAACCUUUGGGGGAACCAACUAUACCCCAGCUCCACCGAGACAACUACCACCACCACCACCGCCCGCUGCACAGCCACGUUUCCGUCAGCCCACUUCUGGGCCCUGUCAUCACUGCCAGAAAUGGGGACAUUAUAAAAGGGAAUGCCCACAACUACGGGAUCGUUCCACCUGGAUCCGACCAGGCCCGCCACCACCACCAAGAGCAGCCGCAGUCCACCACUACCAGGACAUAGUGGCAACACCAUAUGGCUCAGCAGUACCUAUUACCACCGUGGAACAGUGGGAAGUAUUGCACGAAGCUGAUCCAGUCCAGGCCAAUGAUGAUAAUCGUCAGCACCAUAGACAGACGGUAUACUUGGAGGGUAAAGCGGUCCAAGGACUACGUGACUCAGGAGCUACUAUCACCCUGGUAAAAAGUCACCUGGUUUCGGAUCAGGCUAAGCUCAGUAAAACUGUAGCCGUCAGGUUAGCCGGGGGAGCAGUGUACCGGCUACCUACAGCAAGGGUACAUUUGCAUUGGGAAGCAGGGUCGGGACAUGUGGAGGUGGGGUUGAUGCCGCAGUUACCGGCAGAGGUUUUAUUGGGGAACGAUCUGGGGAGGCUCACGUCUGCUUUUGAGCCCCAGACGCCCACCACAAGAGAAGCUCACCCUGUGGUCACCCGACAACAGGCCCGCACCCAGGACUACAACACACUCCCAGAGGUUCAGGUAAGAGAUCCUUCCCCUUCCUUAGAAUGUGUCCCCUGGGCCCCACCUAAUGAAUUUGCAGCUGAAGUAGUAACCGACCCUACGCUGCAAGUAUAUAGGGACAAGGUUGUUACUGACUCACCCGGGGGGGAGGGAGAGAGAUUUGUCUGGGACAAGCAGCUUUUAUACAGAGAGACAGAGAAGAAGAUUGCUGGGUCAGACCCGAUAGUGAUGAGGCAGCUAGUGGUGCCGCAGCGGUACCGAGCAGAGUUACUCCGGAUAACGCAUGAUAUUCUGCUAUCCGGACAUUUAGGGGUCAGUCACACUAGGUACAGACUGACCCAAAGUUUCUUCUGGCCAGGGAUCAGCCAGGAAGUACGCAGGUAUUGCACUACGUGCGAUACCUGCCAGAGGGUAGGGAAAAGGGGAGACUGAAGGAAGGCGAAACUACACCCCCUACCCAUAAUUGAGGAACCCUUUAGCAGAAUAGCGGUAGAUUUGAUAGGCCCCCUCAAGAAAGCUAGCCCGUCAGGCAAAAGGUACAUUUUAACGGUAGUAGAUUAUGCCACUAGAUAUCCAGAGGCAGUGGCUCUGACCAACAUCCACGCUGAAACGGUCGCGGAUGCCCUCAUGCGGAUCUUCUCCCGGAUGGGAUUACCCAGGGAGAUUAUCUCGGUUCAGGGUACCCAAUUUACCGCAGAAUUCACCCAACAUCUCUGGAGGAUCUGUGGCAUUAAGCCUAUUAUCAGUGCCCCUUACCACCCCCAAACUAAUGGGCUCUGCGAACGGUUCAAUGGUACAUUGAAACAAAUGCUCCGAACCUUUGCAGAGACCCACAAGGACUGGGAGCGAUUCCUGCUGCAUCUCCUGUUCGCUUACCGGGAGGUGCCGCAGGAGACCACAGGGUUUUCCCCGUUUGAACUGCUAUUUGGGAGGAGAGUCAGGGGCCCCCUAGAUCUUAUUCGAGAGCAUUGGGAGGGGGACCGGAGCGCCGAUGGCACUCCCAUCAUACCAUAUGUGUUGGCAUUACGAGACCGCCUGGAAGCGUUGACUAGGACGAUAAGGGAAAACCUUCAGGCGGCACAGACCCGCCAGCGCACGUGGUAUGAUCGGGGAGCCAGGGACCGUAGCUUUCAGGUCGGGCAGAAAGUGCUAAUUUUAAAACCUGUCCGACAUGACAAGCUACAGGCAGCCUGGCAGGGACCAUAUAGGGUGGUGGAACAGAGAUGUGACACCACCUAUAUAAUCAGCCCCUGCACAGGGACUGGAGGACGACGCAUGCUCCAUGUGAACAUGAUGAAGCCCUACCAGGAGCGCUCCGAGGAGGUAACUGCCAUAUGUGCGCCCAACUCUGACGAGUUUGACAGCCUACCACUCCCCGAUCUGCUGGGAGAUGGGCAGUUGUCUGGGGAAUUAGGGGAGGUUGCACUGGGAGACCGGCUGAGCCCACAGGAGUGUAUCGAGGUACAGCAGCUAUUGGAAGAGAAACGAGACACGUUCUCUAAUGUACCUGGUUACACCCCUCUGGCCACUCACCGGGUAGAGACCCCAGGGCAACUACCCAUGCGCCAGACCCCCUACCGCAUCCCUGAAGCGGUGAGGGAAAAUAUGCGCAAGGAGAUCGAUGAGAUGCUCCAACUAGGGGUGAUUGAGCCCUCAGACAGUCCCUGGGCUUCCCCUGUAGUGCUCGUACCAAAGCGAGACGGUACGACUCGCUUCUGCGUGGACUACAGGAGAUUAAACGAGAAAACCGUAUCGGAUGCCUAUCCUAUGCCACGGAUAGAUGAACUACUGGACAGGAUGGCCAGGGGCCAAUACCUCACUACUAUUGACUUAUGUAAGGGGUAUUGGCAAAUUCCCCUGGCCCCAGAUGUCAUCCCUAAGUCGGCCUUUGUCACCCCAUUUGGCUUGUACCAGUUUAAGGUCAUGCCAUUUGGGAUGAAAAACGCCCCAGCUACUUUCCAGAGGAUGGUGGACCGACUCCUGGAUGGGUUCCAGGACUAUACCUGUGCCAUUUUUAGCAAUACGUGGCAGGAGCACCUGGCCCAUAUAGGAGGGGUCCUAGACAGGAUUAGGGAGGCUGGUUUGACAUUGAAACCGGCCAAGUGCAGUAUAGGGAUGGCCGAGGUGCAGUACCUGGGACAUAGAGUACGGUGCGGCAAGCAGAAGCCCGAGCCAGCCAAAGUAGAGGCCGUGGCUCAGUGGCCCACCCCUAGGACUAAGACCCAGGUUUUAGCAUUUCUAGGGACCGCUGGGUAUUACAGAAAAUUUUCCCUAACUAUAGUGCCCUGGCCAAACCCCUCACUGUUUGUUCACACAGACACUUCUAUGUUUGGAUUGGGAGCAGUACUGAGCCAAGUCGGGGCCGAUGGCGGAGAACAUCCCGUGGCUUACAUCAGUCACAAGUUACUACCCCGCGAAGUAAGCUACGCCGCCAUCGAGAUGGAAUGCCUGGCUGUGGUGUGGGCCCUAAAGAAACUGCAGCCGUAUUUGUAUGGACAGCCCUUUUCAUUGCUCACGGAUCACAACCCGUUAGUAUGGCUUAACCGGGUGGCUGGGGACAAUGCCAGGCUGCUGCGCUGGAGCUUGGCGCUGCAGCCCUUUGACUUUAAUAUUCAGUACCACCCGGGUAAACAGAAUGGGAAUGCUGACGGGUUGUCGAGACAAACUUACCUGGAAAAGUGAUCCGUGAGCCCCCGGACAUCCCCAAGCCGAUCCGUGUUGGAUCAGACUGGGUAUGCCGGCUUGUGGGCAAGGGGGAGCAGUGUAGCGGAUGGCACUGGGCUGUCCUGAAAAUUUCAUGUGUUCACUGCAUUCAUGUAAACUGCUGGUUUUAUAUGUGUUUAAAUAAAGUGUAUUCGUCUGAUUGUUCGGUAGAAUCAUUCGAAUAAACUAAGGGAAUGAAACUACCGAACAAUCAGACCUCCCCUGUGUGAAGUGUGCCUCCAAUUACCCGUUGCAACAAUGUUGCGAACGGGUAAUUAACAAGCUAUGCAGUAGGUCCUUUGUCUCGGGGUGGCCGCCAUUCGGGAAACGAACACGUGGUGGCGGCCAUUUUAAAACUCCCGAACAGCGAUGUUUUGCCGUCGAGUGUCUGGAACUCAAAUCGGACACUCAACUAGGCGAACACCGCUGAGACCUCCACAAGCCCGGUCCGUUCAGUUCCAAACCACCGAACGGCCCCUCGUUCGGUAGACAGAAAUAACCGAACGAGGGGAUUCAUGUGAAUCCUACCUGAUCUCUGUAGCCUUAGCCGUUCGUGUAAAUUAUUCCCUUGUACUGGGACCGACCGCAGGGCCCUAUCGCAUGGAACUCAAUUCGGUUGUUCUAUCCAGCGCAGUCGGUUUUUUUAGUACCUCCAUAAAUUUCCCGAACCCCUGGUCCGAUCUGGGUGAUUUUUGGAUAUGUUGCUCACCCAGAUCAGGGCUACCAGGUGAUGUGCCAUUUAAAGGGGUACCCCUAGGUUUAGGGGUACAUCCAGAAACUGGGGGAAUUUGGGUACAGUAUAAGGGGAUUAUGAUGCAGGCUGAGUGGAGGAGAUGUGUGGGAGGUUACUAUUGCCGGAUUGGGUACUGUACUAAUUGAUGAAAAUCCCUCCCUUGCAUGGGAGCAUGCUAUAUAAGGCACUGUGGAAUAAAGGUUGUCAGUUCUGCUCCUGAUGCUGUGUGUCGUCCAGUCAUUGGGAUUGCUGUGGGGAUACUAUUGGAUUAUUUUGCCUGCUGGAAACCUUGCCUGUGGAUUUAUAAUUUACUUGUUCCUGAGCCUCACUGGGAUCCUAAGCGGAGAUAACCUGGGGAAUAUUGUAUCUCCGCUACAGUCUUCUCAACGUGAAUGACCUGAAUCUAAGAUUCACUAGCGAGAUAGGCGGUAGACAACUCAAUUUUUUGGACAUAACAAUAACCAUCUCUGGAGGAGGGGUCUCAACUACCCUCUUUAAGAAACAAACAGCCACUAAUAGUCUGUUGAAUUGGCACAGUCAUCAUCCUCGGCCCCUAAAAGCGGGUAUACCAAUAGGGCAAUAUCUAAGACUGAGGCGUAAUUGCUCCUCCAUUGAUAACUUUAAAAUCAUGGCAUGGGAACUCAGGCGAGCCUUCAAGGAUAAUGGUUAUCCUAACAGGGUUGUACGUAGGGCCUAUAUUAGAGCAAUCAGUACUGAACAAGAGUCACUUUUAACAGAUGACAAAGCACAAAGACAAGAUCAGAAAUUAAUUUGUUGUAUUGCCACAUAUGAUGCAGGUUGGGAAUUCAUGAUGGGUGUAUUAAAGCGUUAUUGGCCAAUCUUGACAUCUGAUUCACAAGUCAAACAGGUAGUUGCCACAUUUCCCUCUGUGACUGCGCGGAGAGGUAAAAAUAUACGCGACACAUUGGUACAGAGUCACUUAGCCCCUCUUAAAAGAGGGACUCUUAAUUACCUACCCAAGGGGACAUAUAGGUGCGGACACUGCAGCGCAUGUGAAUUCAUUGAGCAGAAAUCCAAAGAAUUCACAGACAGCAAUAAUAAGGAGAUUUUUCCGGUGCGUUCGUUUUUUAAUUGCAGGACGGGGGGUGUCAUUUACCUACUUACCUGCUCAUGUGGCAUGAAAUAUGUGGGAAAAACCUUCAGACCCUUCAAAUUAAGGAUUAGGGAACAUGUUAACUCGGUCAAAAGACCUUUGGACACCCCAAUUUCACGUCAUUUGAGGAUUCAUCAUUCGAAUUCUGCAAACAAAUUAAAAUUCAUGGGUAUAGAGCAUAUUCCACAUACUCAACGGAAGGGUGAUUGGGAUAAGAAAUUGAGACAGCGUGAAUCCUAUUGGAUUUACAGACUCAAGAUCCUUUCCCCUGUUGGUUUAAAUGAGGGUUUCUCCUUUACUGCCUUUCUUUAACCUAUCUCGCUGGUCUUCAUCUUCUUUCUACUUUGGAUGUAAAUAAUCUACAGGGAUAUCCCUGCUAGUCCUUCUAUGGAUUUAACACAUUGUACGAUAAAUCAAUAUAACACUAUUGUUUAUUAAUUAUUAUUUCUCAUGUAUGUAACUUUAUGUCCCUGAAUGUUAACCUUGAUUCAAUGGAAUUUGACCCACUUAUUUUCCUUCUUUAUAUCAAUUGCGAGUUAUGUUGUAAUACUGUAAUUAAGCUCUUUGCUGUUUUAUCACAAUCCAUGUAUUAUAGUAAUCAAUCUAUGUCCCAUAGCAAUGGGAUUCAGCAUAUUACUUGGGUACUUCAACAUGUACUUAGUUGAUUGGAUAUGAAUUAUAUUCUAAUUAUAAUUGAUGCAUUGACCAUGCAUUAUAGGAAUUGAUAAUUCAUGUUCUAUAACGGGGUCCAUUACUCAGGUACUCAAUGUAUAUAUUUUUUUGUUGAUCGAAUAUGAUUGUGCAGUUAUCCAGUGCCUAUACUAGGUCCCUAUUUAUGGGAAUUCUUCAUCCGCCGUUGUUUAACUGACUAACCACUCCCAUAUUGACCCCACGUGGGUAUCACUCAAUCUGCACACCACACCCCUACAUCUAUGUCAUCAUCGCGUCAAGUGACGCGACUGACAGGUGGGCGGGCUUAAGUGACAUCGGACCAAUGGGCAGCCAACAUGUGCGGCUGCCCAUUAGUAGUGAUGUCGCGAACUUCUCCGGUCAGCUGACAGGGGAUAUUUUUUAAAAACAUUUUUUGAAUUCUUUAUUUUUGCUGUGCUCGAGAUAACAUACGCAUGUCAGCGAUGGCACAACACUAUUCGUAAACAUUUUAAAAACAGGUAUUCGUUAACAUUUGUAUGACAUUCAGAUAUAAAGCACACAUUUUAGAUACAUGCUGGGUAUUUACGUCUGACAUCAAUCAAUUGGUACUUUAUGGCAUUCCUUAAACAUUUUAAACUGCUGCACUUUGCUAUCAGGUAAGCACUAGAUUUUUAUGAUUUAUCUGAAAUCUAGCUGACGGCCUGCCCUUAUGCCAGUGUGUGUUUCAAAGAUCAAUAACAGAGAUGGUAGUAUUGUGACAUAUAUGUUUUAAAGGUACAGUAAAUAGUUUAACAUAGUGGGGAACAAGCUUGGGUACCAUUAUGCUGUGUAAUGCUAGCUGGUAGUUUGAAUGCAUGUCUAUUGGGUGUGUGAGAAGAUUUGUACGGUAAGCUAUACUCAAAGGCUCAGUAUAUAAACAUGCUAAGGCUAAACAGCGUUCUACAUGUAAAGUUGGCUGAUUGAAAGUUGGUGAACUGGCACACGCUCCAGGGACCAUCGAUAUGGCGGGCCCGAUGCUUCACGGGUGGUAGUGGACACAUGGUCAGCCAAUGCCUAAUCUGCCGUGUUAGCGUGACAGUGUGUUAGUGUCCCUCAAGGCUGGGGUACUGGUGAUGUCUCUCCAGGCGCGUCUCUGGGCUCCUUGCUGGUUUUCUGUGGGCUGCUUCCUUUUCUGGUUAAGCUUGCCUCUUCUAGGCAUCGGGAGGUGAGGGCUCUCCGGAAUUGGCAUUCGGACGUUGCUAACUCUGGCUUGCUGCUGCGAGUCAUUGUUUGGCCCUCUUCGGGGUUGCCGCACUGCAGGGAGUGCGUAAGGCAAGAGUGUGGUCGGCCCUGCUGUGGGAGUGCCUCGCUCGGCGGCAGGGUCAUCAGUCACUGGCAGGGGUGAAUGUUGAGCAGACUCCCAGUCUACUAGUGUAGCAGCUGCUGUGGGUCCAGUUGGGCCUCCGCUGCUGCCCACCUUUAGCAUGGCUCGUUGCGUGGACAGGUAUGAUAUCACCUGUUGGGCUGCAAUGAAGGGAAGGAAGGCCACAAACUCCUCUGACCCCCUGGGCCCGUGCCUGGAUGCCUCGGUGGGUGCUCUGAGCUCCACUAUGGAGUACUCCCCUCUGCCGACUCCGGGGCACAUGGCAACCGCCAUCUUGUGUGGUGCGAUCUGGCCCUCGAGUGUGGCUUUGGAGCCUAUGGGCUCUGGCUGCCUGGCUUCUGGGUGAGGACCGGGAUCACCCCCACCGGUUCAUAAGGGGGGGACAGGGCCGGGUCCCUCUGGGUCUGGGCCUCUGGUUGGGGACCGCUGGGCAGGAUAGUGGGGCAACGGCCGUCCGCUCCUCUCACCGCCGGCAUAGGCCCAAACUUGGUCGUCGAAGGCCUCACCUCCAGGGGACUGAAGCUCGAUGAGCCAGCCUCUGCCUGGAUCCAGUGUCCCUGUAGAACCGAGGACCAGUGCUGUCAGUCGGUAUUCAAGUCGUUUUCCAUAGUUUAGAAGCUUUAAUGUGUGUGAAUUGCAGGAGCUGAUCUAUUUUGCAACCGUCCAGCUCGGCGGUCCGGCCUCGCCCCCCUGUUAAGGGGAUUGUUUUAAUUCUCCUUUCAUAGUAUCUUGUCUUCUUUCUCUUCAAUCCCUCUCUUUGUCUCUUCUUCCUUUCACUCUCCCUUAUUCUCAUUUAUUUUAUUUAUUUAUUUUAUUGUGUUUCCUUUUAAAUAAUCAUGUGAGCUUAAUUCAUAGAAAGGGAGUUAUCAAGUAUGUAUUUUGAUUUUUUUUAAUUUUUUUUUUUUUAAAGUUUUAACCCUAAAUCUCCAUUCCAUUCCACCUUUUCUAGGCUCCCAAUUAGCUUUUUCUGUUAUUGUAUAUAUUCCUUAGAUUAGUGAAUUACUCAGGGCACUAUAGUGCCAGGAAAAUGAGUAUGUUUUCCUGGCACUAUAGUGGUCCUUUAAGUUCUUCUUGGGUCUUCUUCAUUUGUAGUUCAAAGUUAUUUGAAAUUGGUUGACUUCAACCAUUCUCUUGCCAUGUCAUAGGACUUAAAGGUUUGCCAAUCAUUGUAGUGCAGGAUCUGAAGCGAAGAUGUGUAACGCCAUCUAAAUUUUAAAUUGUGUUUUGUCAGGAUCUGAAAAAUUGGAGAAAAUUCUCUUCUUUUGUUUCUUGUAUUGUAUGAAAAAUCUGGAAGGGCAUAUAUUUCCUUGAAUUUUUCUUUGGGAAAUUUCUUCUUUUUCAGUGUUGAUAAAAUGAGUUUCCUGAAUGCAUACAAAUGGAAUGCGACUAUGACAUCUCUUGGGAAAUUAUUUUUCACAUUGGGAGAUUUAAAAAUUCCGUGACAACAUUCCAUUUUGAUGUCAUGAGAAUCUGCUGAAAUAUUCAUAGCCGUAAAAAAUUAUUUCAGGAAAUCUCUUAAUUUAUCGUUUGUUAUAUUUUCUAGGAUGUUUUUAAAUCUUAGGUUUGUUCUGCGAGCGCGAUCUUCCAAAUCGGCUAUUUUCUCUUUCAGAGAUACAAUUUUUGCCUCCAUCUUGUUAUGUGUUUCUUUAACCCCUUAAGGACCAAACUUCUGGAAUAAAAGGGAAUCCUGACAUGUCACACAUGUCAUGUGUCCUUAAGGGGUUAAGUGUUAGGAGCUGGAAUUCUGUAUGUUUUUCUUUCUCUUCUAUGCUUUGGAUUCGAGUUAUAACUUUAGAGAUAUCUCCUUUGAGAUCUAUAGAAUUAUCUUGGAUUUCUUUUUUUAUUUCUUUAAGUGUGUUGUCCAACAGGUUUUUCAUUAUUUCUGGAGUAAUACUAUUUGCAUCUGAAGGAAAAGGUACUAUUGGAAAGGAAGAAUCCAGAGACCGAUCUUCAUUUACCUCUGUGACAGAACUGCCUGUCUGUAAAAUACUUUUAUUUGUUCCCUCAUUCGUCUGUUUGUUCGGCUAUUUCCCUGUCCGUACAGUACCCACCGUUAUUUAUACUUUUUACCGAACAACUGUCGAACGGCCGGCCACCCAGCAUGGAAGUGUGCUGCUUGUUAACCUCUUGGCCCCAUCAGGACGUUGUGGUUAACCGCAGACACUUCCUAAUUGUUGAAUGUCGAUUGGGUGGUCGUUGUUCGUAUGCCGAACACGAGGCGGCGGCCAUCUUGGACAUACGAAUGCUCAGCGGUGUUUGUCAACAACUCCAUGGAACUAAAAACGGACACUAUAUCUCACAAACACCGCUGAAGCCGCCGACCUCCCUUCUUCUAUUUCCCUAGCAUACGAACGCCGGUCCGUUCAGUAGUCUCAGUGCACGAAUAGACUUUCCCCAGAUAGCUAUGCCAUGCAGCCCAUUCGUAUAACAAAAGACUAGGUGAAAGACUUUGGCUCAAUGGUGAUUGAACUGUGUAUAUGGGAUCUGAACGCCAUUCGGUGAUAAUGUGUGCUCAGAUCUAGCUAUCUGGAGGUAUGUGGAAUGUAUCUAUUCUGUUCGGUACUUUUUAUAUUAUGCAUUUUAUUGUAUUUUUAUUACUCUGAAUAAAAUGGAGUUUUGCCUCUGUCCUCGGAGAUAAUUGGAUUACUUCCCAAUUAUCUUCAGGAUAGAGAGGAGGGAUUGUAAUGUACUGUGGGAGUGGUUAUACCUGUAAGCCUGUGAUUGGUUCUUGUAAUGUCCUUGUCACAGUUUUACUACAGGUCCCAUAGGGGAGUGUCCAUCUGGUGGAAAGCCUGCAUAAAUACCGGGCAGGUAGCCCAUAAUAAACCAGAUUCCUGCUGACCCUCAAUACGGAGCUUUGUUUCGUACUUGGGGGAAUUGAUUCGUAUGGUUUUCCCGUUCGGCUUUUUGGUGGAUGGAUUUCGUAUGGUUCCUGUUCGGCUGAUUGGUGGAUGGAUUUCGUAUGGUUCCUGUUCGGCUGAUUGGGGUGUUCGUUAGCUGCUUCUCUAAGGGGAACAUCCUAAAUGGCUAUAACCCUUCCUAUACCUGGGGGGUGCAGUUACAACCUCCUGGUUCGCUUGAGGGGAGAAAAAAAGUUGAUCUUUUUUCUUGUUUAGUAGUUUUUUGCAAAUGAGUAUGUUCGGUAUUUUUUUUCCAUGAAAGGUAGCGACCCUACUCCCCACGCACAGACUCCUCUCACCCCUGCCCAGAUCCCCUCUCUCCCCUGCAGCCUGAAAGUCCCCAGUCACUCCCUGCACAGAACCCCUUCCUCACUGAAUCCUGCACAGACCCCCUCUCUAUCCCUGUACCCUCACAGACCCCCCUGCACAGACCUCCUCCCUCCCCUGCACCCUGCCCUGACCCCAUCCCUACUGCACCCUCUAGAGACCCCCUGACUGCAUCAUGCAGAGCCCCCUCUCUCCCUGCACCCUCACAGCCUCUGUGCACAGACCUCAUCCCUCCCUGCCAAAAUAAUAAAGUAUUUUCAAGUGAUUCAAUUUAUUAAUUUUUUUUAAAUGUAUAUACAAAUUUAAAGCUGCAUUUCACUCCUAACUGUUUCCUUUCACAUCAAUAAAAGGUUAAAUAUACUGUAGAACUUCAGUUACAAUAAUUAUUCAAAGGAACACUCUGUCCAAAUGGGCAACUCCCCCUCACCCCCCAUAAAAUCACUGUUUAGUAGAUAUGCCGCCAAUGAAUUGCAUGGAUGAAUUUUUCAGGCAUGUAUUCAUUAGGUGUAUGUAGCGGAGAUCUCCACUUUAGAUCCCAGGGAGGUUCAGGAACAAGCAAUUAUAAAUCCAUAGGGUAAAGUAUCCAGCAGGCAAAAUAACACAGCAGUAACCCAACAGCAAUCCCAAUAACUGGACGACACACAGUAUCAGGAGCAGAACUCAAGAUUUAUUCAGACAGUGGCCUUAUAAAGCCUGCUCCCAUGCAAGGGAGGGAUUUCCAUUAAUUUGUACAGUAGCCAAUCCUGCUCUGGUAACUUCCCACACAUCUCCUCCCCUCAGCCUGCAUCAUAAUCCCCUUAACCAGGACACCCCCUGUUUCUGGAUGUACCCCUAAACCUAGGGGUACCCCUUUAAAUUAGACAUCCCCUGGUAGCCCUGAUCUGGGUGAACAACAUAUCCAAAAAUCACCCAGAUCAGACCAGGGGUUCGAGAAAUUUAUGGAGGGAAUAAAAUGACCGACCGCACUGGAAAGAAUAGCCGAAUCGGGUUCCAUGCGAUGGGGCCCUGCGCUCGAUCCUGGAGUAAGGGAACAAACUGCACGAAAGCCUCAAGCUACAGAGACUAGGGAGGGUUCGCCUGAAUCCCCUCGUUCGGUUGUUUCUAUCUACCGAACGAGGGGCCGUUCGGUAGUUUGGAACCGAACGGACCAGGCUUGUGGAGGUUUCAGCGGUGUUCGCCUAGUCGAGUGUCCAUUUUGAGUUCCAGACACUCGACUGCAAAACACCGCUGUUCAGGAGUUUUAAAAUGGCCGCCGCCAUGUGUUCGUUUCCCUAAUGUUGCAACGGGUAAUUGAAGGCACACUUCACACAGGGGAGGUCUGACUGUUCGGUAGUUUCAUUCGAACAAACUAAGGGGAUGAAACUACCGAACAAUCAGACGAAUACAAUACAUUUAACACAUAUAACUUUGCCAUUUUACAUAAAUGCAUUCAAAACAUAUGUAAUUCUCAGGACAGCCCAGUGCCAUCCGCUACACUGCCCCCCUUGCCCACAAGCUGGCAUACACAGUCUGAUCCAACACGGAUCGGCUUGGGGAUGUCCGGGGAGGCUCACGGAUCAUUUCUCUAGGUCGGUUUGGAUCAUUUCUCUGUCAGCGUUCCCAUUCUGUUUACCCGGGCGGUACUGAAUGUUAAAGUCAAAAGGCUGCAGCGCCAAACUACAGCGCAGCAGCCUGGCAUUGUCCCCAGCCACCCGGUUUAGCCAAACCAACGGGUUGUGAUCCGUGAGCAUGAAAAGGGCUGUCCAUACAAAUAUGGCUGCAAUUUCUUCAGGGCCCACACCACAGCCAGGCAUUCUUUUUCAAUGGCGGCGUAGCUCACUUCUCUUGGCAAUAAUUUCCGACUGAUGUAGGCUAUGGGGUGUUCUCCGCCAUCGGCCCCGACUUGGCUUAAUACUUCUCCCAAUCCAAACAUAGAAGCGUCUGUGUGAACAAGAAAACGUUUAGUUGGAUCGGGAGCUGCCAAGACAGGGCAUUAACAAGUGCAUCUUUCAACAGGUUGAACGCCUUCUCACACUCCGGGGUCCAGGUUACUUGGCGGGGUAAGUUUUUACGGGUAAGGUCAGUAAGGGGUUUGGCCAGGGCACUAUAGUUGGGGACAAACUUGCGAUAGUAUCCGGCAGUCCCUAGAAAAGCAAGGACCUGGGUUUUUGUCUUGGGUGUGGGCCAUUGGGCUACUGCCUCUACCUUAGCAGGUUCAGGUUUCUGCUUCCCACACCCCACUCUGUGUCCGAGGUACUGUACCUCUGCCAUCCCUAUACUGCAUUUAGCUGGCUUCAGGGGUAAUCCGGCUUCUCAGAUCCUAUCUAACACCGCCCCUAUAUGGGCCAAAUGUUCCUCCCACGUGUUGCUACAGAUGUCAUCUAAAUAAGCACAAAUGUAAUCCUGAAAUCCAUCCAGGAGUCGGUCUACCUUCCUCUGGAAGGUAGCGGGUGCAUUUUUCAUCCCAAACGGCAUUACCUUAAAUUGGUAUAAACCGAAUGGGGUGACAAAAGCGGAUUUAGAAUUGGCCUUGGGCGCCAGGGGAAUCUGCCAAUACCCCUUACAUAGAUCAAUGGUCGUGAGGUAGUGACCUCUAGCCAUCCUGUCCAGUAAUUCCUCUAUCCGGGGCAUAGGGUAUGCAUCGGAUACCGUCUUUUCAUUUAACAUCCUGUAAUCCACGCAGAAGCGAGUUGUGCCAUCUCGCUUGGGUACGAGGACUACAGGGGAGGCCCAGGGGCUAUCUGACGUGGAGCAUCUCCUCAAUCUCUUUACGCAUACUUUCUUUCACCGCUUCAGGGAUGCGAUACGGGGUUUGGCGCAUGGGGAGCUGUCCUGGGGUCUCUACCCAGUGAGUGGCCAAAGGAGUGUACACAGGUAUAUUGGAGAAUGUGUCCUGUUUCUCGCUUAAUAACUGUUGUACCUCGAUACGCACCUGUGGGCUCAGCCGAUCCCCCAGAGUAACUUCCCCCAAAUCCCCGGACAGUCUGCCGUCCCCCAGGAGAUCUGGGAGAGGCAAGCUGUCGAACUCUUCAUUGGAGGGGACGCAAAUCGCGGUUACCUCCUCUGAACGUUCCUGGUAGGGCUUCAGCAUGUUCACAUGGAUCACGCGUCGCCCCCCAGUUCCCGUACAGGCGCCAAUUAUAUACGUGGUGUCGCAUCUCUGCUCCAUCACUUUAUAUGGGCCCUGCCAGGAGGCCUGCAGCUUGUCAUGUUGGACUGGUUUCAAAACUAGAACUUUCUGCCCAACCUGGAAGCUGCGGUCCCUGGCGCCCCCAUCAUACCAUGUGCGUGAGCCGCCUGGAGGUUCUCUCGGACUGACUUGGUCAACGCUUCCAAACGCUCUCGAAACGCCAGUACAUAUGGUAUGACAGGGGUACCGUCGGUACUCCGAUCUCCCUCCCAGUGAUCCCGGAUAAGAUCUAGGGGUCCCCUUACUCUCCGCCCAAAUAGUAACUCAAAUGGGGAGAAUCCUGUCGAUUCCUGCGGCACCUCCCUGUAGGCAAACAGGAGAUGCAGCAAUAACCGUUCCCAGUCCCUAUGGGUGUCGGCAAAAGUGUGCAGCAUUUGCUUCAAGGUCCCAUUGAACCUAUAUAUAUCUUCAGGAUAGAGAGGAGGGAUUGUAAUGUACUGUAUGAUUUUUCUCACCCCUCCUGGGUGGUAUGUUUAUUCCUCAUUCUCUGGUCCUCUACCAGACCUGGGUGUUAUAGGGUUCUGUGCUGCUAGGAUUAGUGCCUCAGUGCUGUCUUUCAGUCCUGCCUUUUCCAACCACUGGUAGGAUUUUGUCAUGUGAGCCACAUCCACUAUCUGCCGUUGGUACACCCCAUGGAGAGGUUUGUCUUGCCAAGGAACCUCCUCUUUUUCUGCACCCUCUGUCUGUUGAAGUCUCAUGCAUUCCCUUAGCAGUUCAUCUUUGGGAGCCAUCUUCGUGAUGUACUUGUGGAUGCUCUGUGUUUCAUCCAGGACUGUGGCCUUAACACUCAUCAGGCCCCGACCUCCGUCCUUCUGGCAGGCGUACAGUCUCUGGGUGCUGGAUUUCGGGUGGAAUCCUCCAUUCAUAGUGAGUAGUUUUCUGGUCUUGACAUCCAUGGUGACCAGUUCUUCUCUUGGCCAGGUGAUAAUUCCAGCUGGGUACCUGAUGACCAGCAGAGCAUAUGUGUUGAUGGCUUGGGUCUUGUUCUUGCCAUUGAGCUGGGACUUCAGGACUUGUCUGACUCUUUAGAGGUACUUGGAUGUUGCUAUCCUCCUUGUCUCUUCCACGUGGUUGCCAUGCGUUUGUGGUACUCCCAGGUAUUUGUAGCUGUUCUCUACAUUUUCUAUUUCACCUUCUGGAACUUCAACUCCUUCUUCCCUGUUUUUGCCAUCGUCUGCCUGCACUGCUCUUGCCUGAACAACAUUCCGAUGUCCUUACUGUAUAUCCUAGUUAGGUGGAUCAGUGAGUCAAUGUCCCGCUCAUUUUUGGUAUACAGCUCGAUGUCAUCCAUGUAGAGUAGGUGGCUGAUGGUAGCUCCAUUUGUGAACCUGUAUCCGUAUCCACUGUUCUUGAUGAUGUGGUUAAGGGGGUUGAGGCCUAUGCAGAGCAGCACUGGGGAUAGCGCAUCACCUUAGUAUAUGCCACAUUUGAUGUUCACUUGAGUUUUUGUCCUGGAAUUGGCUUCCAGAGUUGUUUUCCACUUACCCAUCGAGUUCUUGAAGAAGUUUUAGCUACUUAGUAAGAAAAAAUAAGUAACUUACUCUCUCUUUAUUGUUUCUUAAGACUGUUUAAAAAAAAAAAAAGGCCAAUGUGAGUUAGUUUUUGUCUGUGCAAAAAUUCUGAGGAUUUUACCUCUAGUACCCUGCAAGUAAAAGCAGGUGAAUAAGGCAAAUGAGCAUGCCAAACUGAAAUUGAACUGGAAAUAGAUUUAAAAAAAGAAGGUAAAAUCCUGUAACUCUUUCUCACCGAUAACCAGCUGUUUCCUAAUAUCUUGGACAAAUUGCCUAAAGAUUGUUCAGCUCAAAAUUAAGCAAGGUAUAUAUAUAUUUGGAACUUUGCUAGUAAAGACAGGUGAAUCUCAAUGUAUUGCCCUAUUCAAGACCCAAAGCGUUGGAAAUUUUUUGUUUUGCAAAUAAGAAAAAAAAAAAAAAAAAAAGAAUAGAGAGGGAAAAAGGGGGGAAAUAAAAAGAAAGGAUAAAUAAAAGAAGAAGAGAGGAGAAAGGGAUUAAAGGGAGAAGAAAAACCGAGAUAGAGGAAAAUUCUGAAUUAACAAUGGCUAAAAAAAACCCCACAAGAAUCUAAAGUUUCAACUAAAAAAGAAAAGAAAGAACAAAAUCAAGAUAAAUGUCUUUCAACAUAUUUCUCACCACAAAAUCAAAGAGAAAAGACUAACAGAUCUACCAGAGAUUACCUCACAAAUUCUGAUAUCUUAGUUUUAGAUAUAAGAAAAGAAAAAGAUGCAGUUACGGCAGAUUUACUAAACGCAAGUUUACAAAACAUUCUAGAAGAAAUUAAGACAUUUAUACAAAUACCUUAGAAAUCAAACAAAUUUAAAAAUGAAAUUAAUCAGUUAUCAAAAAAAGAGUCAAAACAUGGAAGAUCAAUAUAUGGAUAUGGAUUUUCAAGUUAAUCAACUGAAAGAAGAAAACACAAAAAUGUCUACAUUUGAUCUUAAGAUAAAUCAUAUGGGAGAUCAUUUACAAAGAAAAACAAUUAAGAUUUUGAAACUUUGCAGAACACACUAACCAAGAAGAUUUGAAACAUGCUAAAUGAAUAUUUUGUUGCAUUGGGCCUUCCACUAAAUGACCAAGAAGAAAAGAUUGAAAGAUGUGACAAGAUGAGCAAACCUCAAAAUAUCUCAUUAGAACUACCUGGGGAUAUCAUCGACUGUUUCUAUUCUUAUGAAUUGAACCCCUUAGUGACCUUGGACGUAUCAGGUAUGUCCAACAAAAAACGGUCCUUAAGGGCCGCAGACGUACCUGAUACGUCUGAGGCUAAUUAGAGCGCUGGAAGCGAUCAUGACCGCUUCCAGCUGCUCUAACGGUAUUGCAGCGAUGACUCGAUGUCGAGGUAUCGAGGAAUACCUCCCCCCCUCACUGCCGGGCCACCCGGAGCGAUCACUUACAGAUUGCCCCACGAGGGUUCAAGGUACUCAGUGAAGAUAAAUGAAAUAUAAAAAUAAAUAAAUAAUUAAGAAAAUAUGUAACCCCUUCCUCUCCCUCCCUCUCCCUCCCUCUCCCUCAAUAUGUACAUACCCGAUCGCCCAGCGAUCUGUGUUCCUCUUCUAUGGGAGGACUGUCUGACCGCCCAGACAGUCCUCCCUUUGCAAAUUAGGGCCGAGCAGUCACAUUGCCGCAAUAGGUGUCCAUAGUGCUGCCAGCAGGUUCCACUGCAGGUGAAAAAAGUUUUUUUAAAAAGUUUAAAAAAAAUGUGAUAUAUGUACAUAUAUUAUAUCGAUAUAUAAUAUGUGUGUAUAUAUAUAUAUAUAUCUUAUAUAUCAUGUCAUACCAAGUUUAUUUUUUAGCGGUGCACCAAAAUGAAAAUUCUAGGCCGAAACCAAAACCGAUGAUUCACGAUGCCCUUGGCCAAUACGGAAACCGAAAAUGACUUUUUUUCCAACAUGAUUUAAAAAAAGUUUUUUUCCUAUAAUUUUAUUAAUAUUAGACUUUUUAAAUAAUUUAAUUAAUAUAAUAUGAAAAACUUCCCUUCUCCCUUCUCUUUCAGUGUUCUUUCCUCCCUCCUCCCCAGUCCCAUAAUGUUAUUUCCCCCCUCCUCCCCAGCCCCAUAGUGUUCCCUCCUCCUCUGUCCCAUAGUGUUCUUUUCUCCCCCUCACCUGUCCCAUAGUGUUCUUUCCCCUCCUCCCCUGAAUAAACCUUCACAUGUAUAUAUUUUUUUAAAAGGAGGUAUUAAACUUGGGGUAUUUUGACUCUUUUCAUGCAACCAUUAUACUACCAAUCUAUGCCAAAUAAAAAAAAAAUGGUGACUUUUUGUGAAACACAUAACAAUUUAAGAAUACAUGUACUGAGAACUUUAAUGGUUACGGCCAAAGAACACUCCUAUAUGUGUUCAGCAACAUCUCCUGAGUAGAGUGAUACCACCCAUGUAUAGGUAUGUCAGGUUCUCUGGGGGCUAAAAGAAUAACCCUGAGUAACCCUUCACGUGUAUAUAUUUUUUAAAAGGAGACAACCUAAGGUAUUAAACUUGGGGUAUUUUGACUCUUUUCAUGCAACCAUUAUACCACCAAUCUAAGCCAAAUAAAAAAAUAAAAUAAUUGGUGACUUUUUUGACACACAUAGAAAUUUAGGAAUAAAUGUACUGAGAACCUUAAGGGUUACGGCCGAGGAACACCCCAAUAUAUAUUCAGUAACAUCUCCUGAGCAAAGUGAUAACACCCAUGUAUAGGUUUGUCAGGUUCUCUGGGGGCUAAAAGACCUUAUUUGGAGGGUGCACAUUCCAGUUUUCCAACUUUUUCACAGCUGGUCAUCAUGCACCCAUGUCCUAUUUGGGACAUUUUUGAAGCCGGACAAUGUAAUUUACCACCAUCAAACCAUAUAUUUUUGAAAAGUAGACACCCUAGGGCAGUGAAGGCGAACCUUUUUGAGCCAGAGUGCCCAAACUGCAAUACAUGCCAACUUUUUUUUCCUCAAAGUGCCAACACAGCAAUUAAAGCUGAAUACUGAGGUUUAAUUGUAGAAAAAAAACAACUCGUACAAUUGUCCGAACUAAUUAACAUCUUUUGUUUUAAAAGAAGAACACAACAGAGAGUUAAAAGAUGUUCCAAUGAUACAAAUUUAAAAUAAUCAAAAAAGCUAAAGGGUAUUCAGCACUAAGCAAUAACUGGAAUAGUCCAAAGGGCAGCUAAGUCACCGGAGCCGGGGUCUCUCGUCCCGUCCACAAACAGAUGAAAGUACAAGAAGUGGUGCAGCGCCUAAAAUGUCCUUAAAUAUAUAUAUAUAUAUAUAUAUAUAUAUAUAUAUAUAUAUAUAUAUAUAUAUAUAUAUAUAUAUAUAUAUAUAUAUAUAUAUAUAUAUAUAAAGAAAACAAGGGGAAAUAUAUAGUGUAGUAUAUCACUGUCCAAAUAAAUAGAAUAAAACAAAAAGAAAUACACUCACAAUUUCCUGGAACUAAAAUUGUAGCUCCAACUUAAAAGCCUGGGUGAAACAAUCCCCUCCUAUGGAUAUAGUGUGGUUCUUGGUGGUUGCAGUCACUCAAAUGGUAGACACAUCAGCAGUUCUUCAGAUAUGGGCUUAGGAUAUUAUAGUGUAGUGCCCACUUAUAGGUAUAGAUAAUGGUCUUUUGCCUCCAGAAAUAUAGGAGAAAAAGGAAACAAAAAAAAACAAAACAAAAUAGUGUGUAACGUAAGGUACAGAAUACAAUUAAAGUGGUAAGAAAUUUACUCCCAUUUGAUGUAUCAGAUGUGGACUGCUCUAUCCCUCAGGCUUGGGUGGUACAAUCCCCACCACAAAUACGGUAGUUCAAGCAAAAUAGCAGCAAAGGUUGGUCCAAUAAAAAGCCACUUUUAUUUAAAGGUAAUUAAUAUAAAAAUAUAAAACAAGUAAAAAUAUACCUGGCAAGAAGCUUUCUCAAAAGUGUUUUACAGACAUUGGGAAACUAAGCCUCUUUAAUAAGGGAAGACACGGGGAACCUAAGCUGCUUAAAUAGGGGGGGAAAUGUGAAAAUACUGGUUCCAUGACAUCACAGUUCACAUGACCAAAAAUAAUAAACAUAGUCAAUCAUAUUUAAAAACUUAGUAGGGUAAAAGAGAAGGGUAGUGGAGAGUGGAUGAAAUUGAAAUAAGUUUUAAACGCAAAAAAAAACUUUAUUACAAAAUGCAGGCAGGUGCCUACUCUGUAUUGCUGCCGACAGCCAGCGGUCCCCUCCCCCGGCGACCUAUGGAUGCGUGCCCACAGAGAGGGCCCGGCGUGCCACAGGUUCGCCAUCACUGCCCUAGGGUGUUUCAAAUGGUGGUAUUUUAACACUUUCCAUGCACUAAUUCUACCACCAGUCCAAACUUUUGGGUAGUUAUUUUUUUGUGUUAUGUUUCUCUCACAUUGUACUUUAGGCAUGGAUUCUCAGUUCCUGUUGCAUGUUACUGACAAAGAACACCCCGAUAUGUGUUCAGCAACAUCUCCUGAGUACAGCAGUGCCCCCAAUAUACAGGUUUUAUGGGUUUUUACAAACUUACAUGGGUCAAAUGUAGGGCUUUCCCCUUUUCCAUGUUUGCACAUUGAAAUUUGCCAGAUUGGUUUGCUGGGCAAAUGUUGCCUUUGAGACCAUAUGGCAGCCCAGGAAUGAAAAUUAACCCCAUCAUGGCAUACCAUUUGUAAAAGUAGACAAUCCACGGUAUUCAAAAUGGGGUAUGUCCAGUCUUUUUUAGUAGCCGCUCAGUCACAAACCCUGGCCAAAAUUAGCGUUUAGAUUAGGUUUUUUUGCAUUAUACACACAUAAACUGCCAUUUCACUGAUUAUAUUAUCAGUAUAAUACAUUUUACUGCUCUAAAAUAGUGAUGUCCCGAACUGUUCGCCGAACGGUUCGCCGCAGACUCCAGUCAGCAGACACAUUCCAGCCAAUCAGCGGCAGACCCUCCCUCCCAGACCCUCCCAUCUCCUGGACAGCUCACUAAGAAUGCAGCUUCAAAAUGGAUGCUGUCCAGGAGGUGGGAGGGAGGGUCUGCUGCUGAUUGGCUGGAAUGUGUCUGCUGACUGGAGUCCGUGGCGAACCGUUCGCGAACAGUUCGGCGAACAGUUCUGGACAUCACUACUCUAAAACACUCAUAUUUGUGUAGAUUUAUAUCUCAUGAGUACAACAGUACCCCUCAAGUACAGGUUUUAUGGUGAUUUAGAAAGUUACAGGGUCAAACAUAAGAUUUGCCAAUUUCUGUUUUUGUAAAUUGCUAUUUGCCAGAUUGGCUAUGUUGCCUUUGAGACGGUAUGGCAGCCCAGAAAUGAAAAUUAACCCCACCGUGACUUACCAUUUAAAAAAGUACCGUAGACAACCCAGGAUAUUCAAAUGGGGUAUGUCCAGUUUUUGUAGUAGUCACAUUGCCACAAAUGCUUGCCAAAGUUAGCGUUCAUAUUUGUUUUUUGCAUUUCUUUUUUGCACAAAAACUGCACUGGUAAUUUCAAUGUCCUGAUAAGUUUUACUGUUGUAAAGACUCAUAUUUGUGUUGAGCAAAGUCUUCUGAGUAUAAGAAUAUCCCCAUGUAUAGGUUUUAUGGUGUUUUGGAAAGUUACAGGGUUAAUAUAGGGCUUGCCCAAUUCAGUUUUCCAGAUUGGUUUGCUGGGUCUAUGUUGCCUUUUGAAACCAUGUGGUAGCCCAGGAAUGUAAAUUAACCCCAUCAUUGCAUACCAUUUUCAAUUGUCGACAACCCAGGGUAUUCAAAAUGUGGUUUCCAGUUUGUUGUAGUAGCUACGUAGUCACAAACACUGGACAAAGUUAGCUUUUUUUAUUUGUUUUUUGCCUUUUUUUAAACAAAAACUGCACUUUUACUGGUGAUGAUAUCGUCGUGAUAAGUUUUACUUUUUUUUUUUAUAAUUUAACUUUAUUGUUUUACUUUCAGUUGAUACAUCUCUGAUAUUCCACUUUAACAUUGCCACAUUUUACAGAAUACAGGGUCAGACACAAUUAAUACACGUACCAGGUCAAUAACAAACAGUAUACCAUACAUAGUUUCAAACAUUGACCCCUAUGUUGUUGUGUGCCAUAAUGUCUGGUGGCUGUCCCAUCUAUACACUCCCAUCGCUGGAGUCUUGCUGUAAAUGGUAGAAAGGGUGGUGCUUCCUCUCCUGACUACUUACUGUAGGUGUGAGGCCUACCUAUGUUUUCUCUUGUAGGAGAUAUAGCAGGAGAAGUGGAAAUGAGAGAACUACACAGCUGGGGAGGUACUGUAUUUUCCGGCAUAUAAGACGACUUUUUAACCCUGGAAAAUCUUCUCAAAAGUUGGGGGUCGUCUUAUACGCCGGGUAUAGGGUCGUCUGUAUGGCUGCCUAGGGCGCCCUAUAGCGGGGGCGCCCUAUAGCAGGGGGCGCCCUGCGCGGUACAGGAGAUUCCGUUACCUGUUCCCGCCGGACUGAAAGGAAGUGAGCACUCAGUGUGCACUUCCUGUCAGUCCGGCCGGGAACAGGUAACUGAAUCUCCUGUACCGCGAAGUACCCGGACUGACAGGACGAAGAGGAGCUCGGCCACCCACUCUACACAGGGAAGGGGAGGCGAGAAGAACGUAGGGAGGAUUGGGGGGGGGAAGGGAGUAAAAAGAACGGGGGGGAGUAAAAAGAAUGGAGGGGGGAGUAAAAAGAAUGGAGGGGGGUAGUAAAAAGAAAGUAAAAAGAACAGAGGGGGUGAGUAAAAAGAACAUAGGGAGUGAGGGGGAGUAAGAAGGACACAGGGAGGGGGGGGAGUAGAAAGAAGAACAUUCUGUAUAGUGUAUGCUCCAUGCCACACAUCAUGAGUGCACUUUCCACAAUGCCAACAAGCUGGUAUAGUGUUUGCCCCAUGCGAACAAGGGGAUACUGGUAUUGAACCCUCACAUGUUCUCUCCCUUUUCCCUUGUCCCUUUUUUUUUAUUAUUUAUUUAUUUAUUUUUUAUUUUUUUUGCUUCCCUCUGUCUCUCCUAUCUCAGGGGUAGGGGGUUAGAGGGGUAUAGGGCCUCCCCUGGCUCCCAGAUUUGUCUUGUUUUAGAGUUAGCUCUUAGGGAGAGGAUAGCCAUACGUUCAUACGCGUAGUUAAAUAAGUUUUACUUUUUAAAACACAUAUUUGUGUUCAGCAAAGUCUCCCGAGUAUAACAAUACCCCUCAUGUAAAGGUUUUAUAGUGUUUUGAAAAAGUUAUGGGGUUAAAUAAAUAUAGGGCUUGCCAAUUAAAUUCUACAAUAAAAAAUAAAUGGUGAGAGCACUCAAAAUGAAAUUGCACGUUACCCGUAUUGCACACUUUAUAAGCACUUAGACCAAACCUGUAGAUAAAAAAAAAAAAAACAGGAAAAACGCAACAUAGGAUGAUAACGUAAGGUUUCUGUGUAACUAAUAUAAUAAAUGGUCACACUCAAAUGGUCAUGAGCCACUUAAUGUAAGCUGGCUGAGACUGAAGGUAUAUAAGGUGUAUGCAUGUAGUUUUUAAACGCCAGGCUCCUUCCCUGUUUAGUUACAUUAUAUGAUCAUAUAUUGCAUUAGGCUGCUAGCGUAGGACGUGCCAAGAAUGGGGUACAUUGACGAUGUGGCAGGCUUUUAAAUCAUUGUUUAGUGAAUAAGAGAGUGCGCUGGAUUUUGUAUUUUGUAUAUUUUGGCCACAGCAGCACCCUAUAAUGUAUCCAUGUUCAGGGUUUAAUUUAUAUAUUUGGGAGUCCAGGCCAACUCCUUGGUUUUGCACCCCUCCCUGUCACAGGUGCCUCAUUCCAGGACCCUAUUUAGCCUUGACUUGCAGAGAGUCCCAGUAAGGAAGUAUUUCCCAAGUAAGUGGAUUAAUCUCAUAAAAGCAAGCAUUAGGCUGCUAGAGUAGGACCUGCCAAGAAUGGGGUACAUUGACGUUGUGGCAGGCUUAUGCAAUAUAUGAUCAUAAAAUGUAAUUAAGCCCCCAUUAUUUUUUGUCCUAGGUGAGGUGUUUUUAAAUAAAACUAUUACAAUCUCUAAGAUUUUAAAUCAUUGUUUAGUGAAUAAGCAAGCGAGUGCACUGGAUUUUGUAUUUUGUAUAUUUUGGCCCCAGCAACACCCUAUAAUGUAUGCAUGUUCAGGUGAGUGCAGCCCUCUUGGUUAUAUAUAUGUGUAUGCAUGUAUGUUACAUAGUUACAUAGCUGAAAAGAGACUUGCGUCCAUCAAGUUCAGCCUUCCUCACAUUUGUUUUUUGCUGUUGAUCCAAAAGAAGGCAAAAAAAACCCAGUUUGAAGCACAAUUUUGCAACAAGCUAGGGGAAAAAAAUCCUUCUUGACCCCAGAAUGGCAGUCAGAUUUAUCCUUGGAUCAAGCAGUUAUUACCCUACAUUGAAAGAUUAUAUCCUUGAAUAUUCUGUUUUUGCAAGUAUGCAUCUAGUAGCUGUUUGAACAUCUGUAUGGCCUCUGAUAAAAUCACUUCUUCAGGCAGAGAAGGCAUGUGUGUAUGUAUGUAUGUAUAUAUAUAUAUAUACAUAUAUAUAUAUAUGUAUGCAUAUAUACAGUUGCAAGAAAACGUAUGUGAACCCUUUGGAAUGAUAUGGAUUUCUGCGCAAAUUGGUCAUAGAAUGUGAUCUGAUCAUCAUCUAAGUCACAACAAUAGACAAUCACAGUCUGCUUAAACUAAUAACACACAAAGAAUGAAAUGUUGCCAUGUUUUUAUUAAACACACCAUGUAAACAUUCACAGUGCAGGUGGGAAAAGUAUGUGAACCCCUAGACUAAUGACAUCUCCAAGAGCUAAUUGGAGUGAGAUGUCAGCCAACUGGAGUCCAAUCAAUGAGAUGAGAUUGGAGGUGUUGGUUACAGCUGCCCUGCCCUAUAAAAAACACAAACCAGUUCUGGGUUUGCUUUUCACAAGAAGCAUUACCUGGUGUGAAUGAUGCCUCGCACAAAAGAGCUCUCAGAAGACCUACGAUUAAGAAUUGUUGACUAAAGCUGGAAAGGGUUGUAAAAGUAUCUCCAAAAGCCUUGCUGUUCAUCAGUCCACGGUAAGACAAAUUGUCUAUAAAUGGAGAAAGUUCAGCACUGCUGCUACUCUCCCUAGGAGUGGACGUCCUGUAAAGAUGACUGCAAGAGCACAACGCAGACUGCUCAAUGAGUCACUGGCAAAUGCUACCAUCCCUGUUAGCUAAUCUACAAUACGUAAAACACUAAACAAGAACAGAUUUCAUUGGAGGAUACUACAGAGGAAGCCACUGCUGUCCAAACAAAACAUUGCUGCACGUUUACAGUUUGCACAAGAGCACCUGGAUGUUCCCUCAGUACUGGCAAAAUAUUCUGUGGACAGGUGAAACCAAAGUUGAGUUGUUUGGAAGAAACAGACAACACGAUGUGUGGCGAAAAAAAGGCACAGCACACCAACAUCAAAACCUCAUCCCAACUGUGAAGUAUGGUGGUGGGGGGCAUCAUGGUUUGGGGCUGCUUUGCUGCGUCAGGGCAUGGACGGAUUGCUGUCAUCGGAGGAAAAAUGAAUUCCCGAGUUUAUCAAGACAUUUUGCAGGAGAACUUAAGGCCACCUGUCUACCAGCUGAAGCUCAACAGAAGAUGGGUGUUGCAACAGGACAAUGACCCAAAGCAUAGAAGUAAAUCAACAACAGAAUGGCUUAAACAGAAGAAAAUAUGCCUUCUGAAGUGGCACAGUCAGAGUCCUGACCUCAACCCGAUUGAGAUGCUGUGGCAUGACCUCAAGAAAGCGAUUCACACCAGACAUCCCAAGAAUAUUGCUGAACUGAAACAGUUCUGUAAAGAGGAAUGGUCAAGAAUUACUCCUGACCGUUGUGCACGUCUGAUCUGCAACUACAGGAAACGUUUGGUUGAAGUUAUUGCUGCCAAAGGAGGUUCAACCAGUUAUUAAAUCCAAGGGUUCACAUACUUUUUCCACCUGCACUGUGAAUGUUUACAUGGUAUGUUCAAUAAAAACAUGGCAACAUUUCAUUCUUUGUGUGUUAUUAGUUUAAGCAGACUGUGAUUGUCUAUUGUUGUGACUUAGAUGAUGAUCAGAUCACAUUUUAUGACCAAUUUGUGUAGAAAUCCAUAUCAUUCCAAAGGGUUCACAUACUUUUUCUUGCAACUGUAUGUAUAAUAAAUUAUAAUUAAAGCAUUUUAUAAUAUAUUAUACAUAUAUAAUGCAUAUAUAUAUAUAUAUAUAUAAUUUCAUUAUAAGUUUAUUUUGAGAUAUAUAUAUAUAUAAAUCUCAAAGUACACUUAUAAUGAAAUUAUAUAUGUAUAAUAUAUUAUAAAAUGCUUUAAUUAUUUUAUAAUAUAUACAUGUAUAAAAUAUUUGUUUUAUUAUUUAUUUAUUAUAUUAAAUUGUAUUUUUUUUCAAUUUAUUUAUUUUUAUUUAGUAAAUCUCCACUUAUCUGAUCGCUGGCGAUCAUGAUCCUGGGGUCUGCCUGGGAGCUCAGGGAGCCCCCAGUGCCUGAUCUGGCCCUCCCGGGCCAUGUGAUCACGAUCGCCAGCGAUCAGAUAAGUGGCUAUUUACUAAAAAACAUACAAGGUACGUCCGCGGUCGAAGGGGCUAAAGCAUAGGAAACAAAUCUAAAAUCAAGUUAAUAUAUCCACUUCUACCAGUUCAUCCCUCUUUGUGUGGCUUUACUGCACAGUUUUCUGAAUAGCUCUAUAAGCUAUAGGAUAAAUUAUGGAACAAAAUUCCUAAAAUUGUAUGUGAUAUAUGUAAAUAGGGAACAAGAUGCUAGAUCUUCAUUGUUUGUUAGAUGUUAUUUUAUUUGUUUUUGUUUUUUUGUGAUCAGACCAGGAGUUCAAGUAUUUGGAAAAGAUUAUCUUCUCAAAUGCUUAAAUUAAUGUCAAUAAAUGCACAGGGUUAAAGUACUCCAGCAAAAUGGAGCAUGAUAUAUAACAUCGAAAAAAAUUCAAAUAGGUUUCAUACAAGAAACUCAUUGGAAACAAACAGAACCCCAGAAAUGGUAAAGAAAAAAGUUUCCAACUAUUUUACAAGCAUCAUUAGAAAAAAAAAAUAAGAAAAAAGGCGUAGCGAUUAUCUUCUCCAGUGAACUAAAAGUAGACAUAAUAUAUCAAGGCGUAGAACCAGAAGCUAGGUGUUUGAUAAUUGUGUGUAAGAUGAAUUUAGUACACACUCCCAUCAAAUGGGAGUGAGCGCAGGACUUAUCUUUUUGUAUUCACUUUUGUAUCACACAGCCUAGUUACAAUGCAGCCGCCCAUCCCAUGUGUUCCCUAUUAAGGGUUAAUAAGUAUAUAGGGGUAUAUAUAAAAAAUACCCCUCUCUGUUUCAGUGUAGAUAUCUUUGCCAGAAGCUCAAGAAAGCAAAGUGAAGGGUCAGUGUAGGACCUGCUUAGGGGGUACUGCCUUGAUGUUGGCAGGCAGGCAUUCCCUCCAAUGGCCAUUGGAGUAACUAAAUGACCUCCAUUUUUCUAAAUAUACAUAGGGAUUGAGGAGAGAGCACAGGUACAUUUUUUUUUUAACUAUAUAUUCUUUUUUUUCGUUUUUAACUGUAUAUUGGUUCUGAUGUGUACUGUGGUCAUUGCUGCCGCCCAGGAAUGAUGGGAGUGAGCGCAGGACUUAUCUUUUUGUAUUUGUAUUCACUUUUUAUCUAAAGUCCACCCGCGGGAGCAUGUAGGCGGCCGGCUAAGUGAGCAUUGUAGCCAACUGUAGCCAACUGUCCUGAGCUUCAUGGAGGUGUUUGUGUGUAAAAGGUGCAGUAUGUUUGUGUGUGAGUGGCGCUGUGUAUGUAUUGGGGGCUAUGUGUGUUUAUGGGGGGGCAGUGUGUGUAAGGGGAAGCUGUGUUAGUAAGGGGGACUGUAUAUUUGUGUGUGGUGCAGUGUGUAGGGGUUAUAGUUUGUGAGGGGAUGGGGGUUGUGUGUAUGGGGGGCUUUGUGUGUAAGGGGGCUGUGUGUGUAUGGGGGCUGUAUGCAAGGGGGCUGUGUGUGUGCAAGGAGGGCUAUGUAUGUAAGGGGGCUGUGUGUGUGGGGUUUAGUUUAUGUGAGGGGAUGCAGGCUGUGUAUGUAAGGGGGGGUUGUGUGUAUGGGGCUGUGUGUUUAAGGGGCUGUGUGUGUGGGGUUAUAGUUUGUGGGAGGGGAUAGGGGGGCUGUGUGUGUGUGUAAGGAGGGCUGUGUGUGGUGCAGUGUGUAGGGGAUUAUAGUUUGUGUGAGGGGAUAGGGGGCUGUGUGUGUAUGGGGGGCUGUGUAUGUAAGGGGGGCUGUGUGUGUGGGGUUAUAGUUUGUGUGAGGAGAUGGGGGGGUUGUGUGUAUGGGGGGCUGUGUGUGUUUAAGGGGGGCUGUGUGUGGGGGGUUAUAGUUUGUGUGUGGAGAUAGGGGGGCUGUGUGUGUGUAAGGAGGGCCUGUGUGGGCCGGGGAGGGAGAUCACUGAUCUCCCCUCCGGUCCGUGAUGGCAAAGCAUAGGGAGGAUAUUGCGCAUGUUUUGUAUGGGUAACAUUCAUCGCAUCCAUGCAGAGCACUGACACAGGACUCUCUAGUGGCCGUCUGAGUGACAGCCACCAGAGGUCUUAGUAGGCAGCAAUGUAAACACUGCCUUUUCUGUGAAAACGCAGCAUUUACAUUGAGAAGGCUACAGGGACAGGCUAUAGGCACCAGAACCACUACAGCUUAAUGUAGUGCCCCUUUAAAAAAAAAAAAACCUGGCUCCUAACUUUUUUAGCUGGCUCCUAGAUUCCAACCAAAUCUUCAAGCCCUGUAGUACCUACUAGACUGUGUAAGAUGUACCCUGAAUAUACUCCAAAUUGUUGGAGAUGUGGUAAUCCAGUUGGAUCCCUCAUUCAUAUAUGGUGGUCAUAGCCUUUGGUUAAACCUUUUUAGAAUUGGGCUUAUAAUAGUUUUAGAGUUUUAGCUAGUAGAAAUUUGAAGUGGGGACCUGAAAUAGCAUUACUCCACACAAAAUGGAAUUUUACAAUAAAUAAUCUUAAAUGCUUAGCAAUACAUUAUCUUAUGGCUACCAAGAUAUUGAUUACCAGAAAUUGGAAAUCUAGUACCCCUUCUAAAAAAAUAUUUUUUUUAAUCAAAUCAGAUACCAACUAAAAACUGGAAAAAGCACUGUUUACCAAAAAUAUAGUCAGAAUAAUAAACACAUUUAUUGAAAUUUCCUGUGCAAGAUUACAUAAACACAAUUUGAGUUACAUAAAAUAAGAUAAAAACAAAAUAAAAAGAUGCUCCUUUCUGAAUGAUUUAAAUUGUUUAAAAUGUCAAUAUGAUCAAUUAUGAUACUAUAAUAUAAUAGGUUAUCUGAUUGAAUAAGUCAAAUAUGAACAAAUGAAUGUACUGUUUUUUAUGUAUUUAAAUUCUUUGUUAUAUGUGACAAAAUUUAAUAAAAGGAUUUAAAAAAGAAAAAAAUACAAAAACAUUAAAAAAUAAAACAGUUUUGGCAAUAUUAAUGGGUGCAUAAUUAGUGGAGCUUAAAGGGACGCUAUAGUCAACUGAACAACUACAGCUUAAUGUAGCUGUUCUGGUGAGUAUAAUCAUUCCCUUCAGGCAUUUCAUGCAAACACUGCCUUUUCAGAAAAGGCAGUGUUUACAUUGCCUCCUAGGGUCACCUCCUGUAACUACUCCCCAGAUGGACGCUGGAGGUGCUUCCUGGGGCAGUGCUGCACAGUAGACAACACUGCCAUUCAGUGUCUCCACGCUCUGCAUAGGGACACUGAAUUUUCCUCUCAGAGAUGCUUUGAUUCAAUGAGGAGGUGCUGAUUGGCCCAGCCUCCUUGACAAGUUCAGCCAAUCCAAUGUUUUCCCAUAAAAAUCGCGAAUUCUAAUGAUGUCACCAAGAAGGCAGAUCAGGUGGGGCCAGCGUUGGAAAUAAGGAAUGUUUUAAUCCCUUUUAAGGGGGAGGGGAGACAAGCCACUUAAAUGGUGGUUUUAGCAUUAUAGGGUCAGGAAUACAUGUGUUCUUGACCGUAACAAUUGGCAUUGUUGUGACAUCACAUAAUACAAUUAUGUGUAUUUUGUAUAGUAAAAAAAACAGUAUUGUAUUCAAAGUAAAAAAUAUACUGAACUUGGAAAAACUAAAAUUUCUCACCCUUAUUUAUAUUUUAUUCAUAUUAGAUUGUUUUAUAUGUUAAUAUCAGAUGUCAAAUGAAAGCCAUAUUUGUCCUGAACAAAAUGAUAUGUGUGGAUGCACUAAACAUGAGGUAAAUUAUGGUUGAAAAAACUUGUAGCUGAAAGCAGGGGUAGUCAACCUUUUUCGACCUACCGCCCACUAAUGCAUCUUUCUUGAUGGAAACAUUUCCUUACCGCCCACUAGUUUUAGCGCAAGUGCAGAAUGUUUUUUAGAAAGGAGGGUGUUUUAAUUUUUUUUUGAAAUGUACGUACAUUUAUCUUUUAAUUUCUACUUUAUGCAUGUUUAUAAUGUUUUUAACUUUAUAAAGUUUAAUAAGAAAACAAUAAAGUAAAUUGAAAUUACCUUUAACUAGUUAUUAGUGAGAUCCUUGAGAUUGAUGCUGCGAGACUAAAUAUUUGAUAUCUGGUUUGAUUUUCGUAAGGAACAAACGAAGGUCUCCUCUUCGAUGAUAUUCAGACAACUUCUCUGUUUGCACAUAAUUUGAUUUCUUAUCUGUGCAUCAGCUCUCUCCCCCCCCCCCCUUUUUUUCCCCUCCUUUUUUCUAUUUUUUUACCUUCCUUAUAGCAAUGCCCAGCAGGAAGGCUGAGCUAGGUAGCCCACUUCCUAUUAUUAGCCAACAACAAUUCUCUCCUUUUUAUAUUUUUUAUUUUCCUUCUUUAUCCUUUUUUACAAGUACCCUGCUCCUUCUUUGUCCUUUUUACAAGUACUCUGCUCCUUCUUUUUCCUAUUCUUCAAAUACUCUGCUCCUUCUUUCUUCUAUUCUACAAGUAAUCUGCUCCUUCUUUCUCCUAUUCUACAAGUAAUCUGCUCCUUCUUUCUCCUAGUCUACAAGUACUCUGCUCUUUCUUUCUCCUUUUUACAAGUACUCUGCUCCUUCUUUCUCUUUUUUACAAAUACUCUGUUCCUUCUUUCUCCUAUUCUACAAAUACUCUGCUCCUUCUUUCUUCUAUUCUACAAGUAAUCUGCUCCUUCUUUCUCCUACUCUACAAGUAAUCUGCUCCUUUUUUCUCCUAUUCUACAAGUAAUCUGGUCCUUCUUUCUCCUAUUCUACAAGUACUCUGCUCAUUCUUUCUUCUAUUCUGCAAGCAAUCUGCUCCUUCUUUCUUCUUUUUACAAAUACUCUCCUCCUUUAUUUUAUCCCCUUUUUUCUAUUUUUCUUCCCUUUUUUAUUUUUUUGAUCUUUUCCUUUUUAUCUCCUUUUUUUUAUGCUUUUCUUUUACCAUCCUUAUGGUAAUGUACAAAAGUAAGGCUGAGCUAGUUAGCCCACUUAUUAUUAUUAGCCAACAACAAUUCUCUCCUUGUCCUGCCUAUAACUUUUCUUUCUCCUAUUUUACAACUGCUCCGCUUCUGCCUGCUUCUGCCUGUCCCUGCUAUCGGUUCCCACUCCUCCUUUCCUCUUCCCACGUGUUGCACAUUUGCGCGCGCAUACACGCGUUCGCAUGUCCGCGUGCACACAUUCUUGCGCGAGUUCGUACUUUCAUGUGUGCACUCGCGCCUGCCUGCCCACUCUCUCAAAAGGAGGAUUUAGCCACUGGAAUCCUGAAACGCCCACAAAUGGGCGGUAGGGACCAGGUUGACGACCCAUGGCUUAAAGGAUCAUUAUAGGGUCAGGAACACAAACAUGUAUUUCUGACCCUAUAAUGUUAAAACCACCAUCUAGCCCCCCUGUGCCCCUCAUGCCUCCAUAAAUAUAACAAAAUCUUACUGUAUUCAAGCCUGAAGCUGUAACUCUGCAUGCUGUUUGCCUCAGAAAAACUGCUGACAUCAUCAGAAGUGGUGGCCUGAUCCAAUCACAAUGCUUCCCCAUAGGAUUGGCUGAGACUAGAUCAGGGGCAGAUCCAGCACAAGUCAAAAACAGCCCUGGCCAAUCAGCAUCUGCUCAUAGAGCUGAAUUGAAUCAACGAAUCUCUAAGAGGAAAGUUCAGUGUCUGCAUGCAGAGGGAGGAGAUACUGAAUGUUUGGAUGCAUUUUAGGCAGCCAUGACCGGGAAGGAUCUCUAACAGCCAUCUGAGGAGUGGCCAGUGAAGUUAUCACUAGGCUGUAAUGUAAACACUGUUUUCUCUCUGACAGCAAAAAGUCUGAAGGCAAUGAGUCUACUCACCAGAACAAAUUUAAUAAGCUUUAGUUGUUCUGGUGACUAUAGUGUCCCUUUAAAUUCAGAACAGACAAUUGCCUUCGCCUGUAAAGGGUUAAAGCAGCAUCGUUAGUUAUUUUCUUUCAGUUUUUCUUUCCUUGUGCUCCAAUAGCUUCUUGUCACUUGCCUUUAUGUGUAUUAUAUUUUUUUUCUUGCUAUAUUUUUUUUUCUUGCUCUGGAUUGCAGUAUCCUGGUGCUGCCAUUUUGUACUUUCUCCUUGAUGUCUGCAGUUUGGCUUUUUGUUGGAUCACACUGUGCAUAAGAAAAAGUAGUCCCUACUUUAUCUUAUGUAUAAUAUCUUAAAUAGGCUGUUAUUUAAAAACUAAGAUGAAUUAAAAACAUGGGAAACAUUUAAUAAAAAACCUGCUAAAACAUAUAAUUGUAAAAAUUGCCAAUUUCAAUGAGAUAACGGCAUAAACUCUUUUGUGAAAAAAACUGUGAAUAAAUGGAAUAUUAUGAAACAUAAAUUAGUUACUUCUCAGUGUAUACCAUUGGGUAACAAAGAUAACAGAAACAAAUUAAAGCCGAUGUGACUUAGUUGGAAUGUAAGCCAAGAAAAUAAAAAGAAGAGAAAAAGUUAACUCAGAUAAAUUAGAGACAUCCUAUAUAAAAACAAGGAAGUGAAUCAUGCCUGUAAAAAGGCAAUUAAAAAUGCAAAUCAAUUUAUAACUUUUUUGACAUGUGUUUUUCUGCAUUUUUUUUUUUUUUUUGUCUCUCACUGUUAAAAUACACCGACCAUUAUAAUUAUAGCCUGAACAUUUCUGUCAGUGGGCAAACGCUUAAAAUCAGCAGGGGAUCAAAUACUUUUUCCCCUCGCUGCAGGUUCCCACGUCAGAUGACAUCGGAGGACGCAGAGUGUGACCCAGUGCUGAGGGGCAUCGGCGCUGGAAUCAGAUAAGUGAAUAAAGUUUUUUUUAACCCCUUAAGGACCGAUGAUGGUUCAGGACCGUCACCAGAAACAUCCCCUUGAGGACUGGUGACGGUCCUAAACCGUCAUAGCGGUGUUAUGUACUUGCCUGAUCUCCGCCGUUCCCCCAGAAGCGAUCAGCGUUGCUCCCGGUCCGGGGAGAAUGCGGUGAAUUAGGACUGCUCGGGCAUGUGAUCGCUCUAACAGAGCGGUCACAUGGCCACAAUAGCUGUCCAUGUAUCUGUCUGCAGGGGGACUGCUUGUGCUGACAGGCAGUCUUCCUGCAAGUGUAAAAUAAAAAAAAUGAAAGGUAAAAAAAAAACAAUCAGUGUAAAAAAUAUAUACAUAAUGUCAUACUAAGUGUAUUUUUAUAUUAAUAUAUACAUAUAUCAAUAUCAAAAUACGCUUAGAAUUAAGUUACACACGUAUAUAUGUAUAAUAUAUAGAAUAACUAUAUAUAUUGUGUGUGUGUGUGUGUAUAUAUAUAUAUAUAUAUAUAUAUAUAUAUAUAUAUAUAUAUAUAUAUAUAUAUAUAUUAUAAAAUACAAAUAAGUAAAUUAAAAUAAAUUAUAAAACGUAAAAAUUAUUUUAAAAUAAUUUUCAAAAAAAAAAAAAAAUAUAUAUAUAUAUAUAUAUAUAUAUAUAUAUGUAAUUUUAUUCUAACAGUGUUUUGAUAUUAAUAUAUAUAUUUAUAUCAAAAUACACUUAGAAUGAAAUUAUAUAUAUAUAUAUAUGUAUGUAUAUAUAAAUAAAUAAAAAUAAUAAGAAAUUUACAUAUGCCCAUAUACAAAAUUACAUAAAUAAUUUCAGAAAUAUACACAUAGACUUUAACCCCUUAAGGACUGGACUGUUUUUGCGAUGUUGUACAUUUGCGACCAGGAAUAUUUUUACACUUUUCAGGUGUUUGUGUUUAGCUGUAAUUUUCCGCUCUCUCAUUUACUGUUCCCAUACAAAUUAUAUAUUGUUUUUUUCAGGACAAAAGGGGCUUUCUUUACAUACCUUUAUUUAUAUAAUCUCAUGUAUUUUAAUUUAAAAAAAAAAUGAUGAAAAUUUUUUUAAAAAUACAUGUUUUUUGACUUAAGCGAAUGAAAAAAAACAGCUAAAUAGAUUCAAAAUUUUGUCCUGAGUUUAAAAAUACCCAGUGUUUACCCGCUUUUUUGCUUUUUUUUGCAACUAAAAUUGGAGAAAGGUGGUUCUUUCUGGAUUCAUUUUUUUUUUAAAGAGUAAAAAUUAAUUAUGUGUUGCUACUUGUAACAGGUAGAUAGCCACCUUUUUAUACCAGGCUUUUGUCUUUCUUAAGAUAAGAUAUGGCUGCAUCAGCUGAUCAGCCAAAUCAACACCCCCAUGUGCAUUUUAUAAGCCCUGAUGCAAACAGGUUUUGUCUGUACUCUGCCUCGGACAGUGACGUCUGACAUGCUUUCGUCAUGGAUGGUGGUUAGUAUAUUAACAUCCUUCCUGUCCUUAAAUUUUAUUGCAAGCACUUUAGCUUUGUGCAGACCUUUACAUUCACUUUUUUUUUAUUUGGCCUCUAUAAAAGGUCUGGGGAAAUCCUUGGCGUAUCUAGAAACCCUAAAGAGUUUGAAACAAACGGACAAUGCUAUAAAAAUUGUCCACAUAAAGGUGGUAACCCUUAUUGAACAAGGGGAUCAGUAAGUCAAAAACAAGUUUCCCGCUUGUCCCCAGAGAGUCAGUACAGCCAGGAGGGUCCAGCUGACCAUCUUUCCCCUCAUAUAUAUGAAAGGCAAAUGUAUAGCCACUUUCGCUCACGCACAGUUUGUAGAAUUUUACGCCAUACCUAAAGCGCUUUGAGAGGAUGUAUUGUUUGAAUCCUAAUCUCCCUUUAUAUUUCAUUAACGAUUCAUCAAUAGAUACAUUUUUUUUGAGGAGUAUAAACUUCAGUAAAUUUGUGCUGAAGAUGGUCUACCACUGGGUGUAUUUUAUGAAGCCUAUCAUAUUGGGUGUGAUCUCUGGGGUGACAGAGGGUAUUGUCAUUGAAAUGUAAGUAUCUCAGCAGCAGCUCAAAUCUUGUUCUAGACAUGGUUUGAGAGUACACUCGACUAGAACAGAUAGGGUUGGUGCUCCAGUAAGCGCAAAUUGAUGGCUUCUUUAUAAUCCCCAUGAGAAUUGUAAGAGCCCAGAAUUUUUAAAGUUUUUUAAGCACACUCCUCCCUGACUGCAUAGCUAUCUGGAUUGGUAUCAAUAAAUUGGGUAGCAUAUAAAUUAGUCUGGGGAGCAAUCUCCUCCCACAUGGUAUCCCCUAAAAAUAGCUCCAUAUAUUGCAUAGGGGAGAAGUCAUCCACAUUGACAUUAAUGCCUGUGUUGGCACUAAAAGGGGUGAUUUGGGGCUCAGCUAACUGUGGAGAAACCUGUUCCUCCUCCACAUUCAGCGUAGCAGAGAAAGCACAGCUUCUUUUUGCAGCCAGCUCACACACAGAUGACAUGUCAGAAAACUGACCUGGGUCAAAAUCGGACGCAGUGUCAGUGGCGUCAGAGUCUGGCUAACACAGAGUUACUAACACACAAUUUUUAUUUUAUUUUAUACUAAAAACAGACUAAAACUGAUAAAAACAGACUAAAUGAGACUAAAACUUCUGUUAGCAGCAAUCUGUAAACUAACUCCUGCAAAAAGAAUCUAACUGGAGAUUUGGGGGAAGGAUACUGACUAACAGAAAUUUGCUGCUUUCAAAAUAAACAAAAAAUAAAUAAAUCAGGAACAAGUAUUAUAAAAAUGUAUUUUCUGUGUGGUAGACCUUAAAACAUGCUCCAAUACACAGUCCAGGUUUUGUAGGGCAAUCGGGACAGUGAAAAGGGGUGUCUGUCCUUUUCCCUUUUUUAUAACAGACCCGGCAACGUUUCUGGGGUUUCUUUUUUUUGGUGUUGGCGGUAUCUUAAAAAUAAAAUGUCUAGACGACUCUUGCACUGUCGUUGGAACUUGACCAUCUCCAUAAAUUAUUGUGGAAAUCAGCUUGAGCUGAAAUUGGAGAUAGGUGGUUCUUCCUGGAUUCAUUUUAUUAAAAAGUAAAAAUGAAUUCUGUGUUGCUACUUGCAACAGGUAGAUAGCCACCUUUUUAUACCAGGCUUUUGUCUUUCUUAAGAUAAGAUAUGGCUGCAUCAGUUGAUCAGCCAAAUCAACAACCCCCAUGUGCCUGUUAUAAGCCCUGAUGCACACCGGUUUUGUCUGUACCCUGCCUCGGACAGUGACGUCUGACAUGCCCUCGUUAUGGAUGGUUGUUAGCAUGUGAACAUCCUUCCUGUCCUUAAAUUUUAGCGCAAGCAGUUCAGCCUUGCGCAGAGCUUUGCAUUCCCCUUUUUUUAAUUUGGCCUCUAUGAGAGGUCUGGGGAAAUCCUUGGCAUUUCUUCUUACAGUGCCGCAGGCCAGUGUCUGUAAACUAUAAAGAAUUUUAAACAAGUGGACACUGCUGUAAAAAUUGUCCACAUAAAGGUGGUAACCCUUAUUGAACAAGGGGAUCAGUAGGUCCCAAACAAGUUUCCCACUUGUCCCCAGAGAGUCGGGACAGCCAGGAGGGUUCAGUUGAGCAUCUUUCCCCUCGUAUACACGAAAGGCAAAUGUGUAGCCACUUUCGCUCUCGCAAAGUUUGUACACUUUAAUGCCAUACCUAGACCGCUUUGAGGGGAUAUAUUGUUUGAACCCUAAUCUCCCUUUGUAUUUCAUAAGGGAUUCAUCAAUAGAUAAAGUUUGUUGGGGAGUAUAAACUUCAGAAAAUCUGUUCUGAAGAUGGUCUACCAGUGGGCGUAUUUUAUGAAGCCUAUCAUAUUGGGGUGAUCUCUGGGGUGACAGAGCGUAUUGUCGUUGAAAAUGUAAGUAUCUCAGCAGCAGCUCAUAUCUUGGUCUAGGCAUUGUUUGGGAGAAUAUAGGAGUCGAACAAAUUGGGUUGGUGCUCCAGUAAGAGCGGAUUGAUGGCUUCUUUAUUAUCCCCAUGAGCAUGGUAAGAGCCCAGAAUGUUUUAAGUUCAUGGACAUCUGUGGGAUGCCAAGCAUGCUCCCUGACUGUAUAGCUACCUGGAUUGGUCUCAAUAAAUUGGCUAGCGUAUAAAUUAGUCUGGGAAGCAAUCUCCUCCCAGAUGGUAUCCCCUAAAAAUAACUCCAUAUAUUGUAUAGGGGAGAAGUCAACCACAUUCACAUUAAUGCCUGCGUUGGCACUAAAAGGGGGGAUGUUGGGCUCAGCUAACUGUGGAGGUACCCAGUCCUCCUCCACAUUCAGCGUAGCAGGGGAAGCACAGCUUCUUUUAGCAGCUGGCUCACACACAGAUGACAUGUCACUAGACGUGCCGCUAAACUGACCUGGGUCAAAAUCGGAUGCAGUGUCAGUGGCGUCAGAGUCUGACGCCAAGAAGGCAUAUGCCUCCUCCAAGCUGUGCAUGCGCUGCAUGUUUCACACUAACAGACUAAACUAACAAAAUACUAAACACAAUAUAUUUUUUAUUUUUUUUAUUUUUUUUUAAACACUAAAACAGACUAAAACAUUAAUCCCUAAACUAACUCCUGUUAGAAGAAUCUAAUGGAUAUUUGGGGGAAGGAAACUGACAGGCUACGACAGACUAAGACAGUCUAAGACACAGAUUUUUUAAAAUAAAGUUAACCCUUAAGGGCAAAAAAAAAUACAGACAGUACAAAUGCACUGUCUGUAACAGAUCUGGCAGGGAAGGGGUUAAAAUGGGAUUUUUAUUCACUGCAGAUACUUUUUACAACUCUCUGGAACAGCUGCUGCAACAAACUAUCACGAUCUCUGUCUCUCUCCUCUCACAAAACACUACAGAGGGGAGAGAGGCAGAGAUCAGUGUCAAAGUGAGUGUUUGUAACGCCCACUUUGACACCAGCCAAUUGUGAGCGAUCGCGGAUCGCUCACACGCCGUAAUUGGCUGUUACUAUCUGCCUGGGAUGCCAGGCAGAUAGUAACAACUGGAUUUCGGCGGAAGCGAUCUCUGAUCGCUCCCGCCGCCCAUUUUCCAUUAGGACGGUUCAGGACCGUCCUCGGUCGACAACGCAAAAAUGCCGAGGACGGUCCUGAACCGCCAUGCGUCGUGAAGGGGUUAAAUAUAUAAAUAUGUAUAUGUAUUUAAAUUCUGCGUGCAUAUUUAUGUAAUAUUUUUACAUAAUUAAGUAAUUUUAUUGAUUGCAAUUUGAGGGACCUGCUUGACAACCCAGGCCAAAAGUCCAGAUAAUUUAAUUUGCUAGCAUUGUUUUUAACCCUGUAACUUUCUAUGACACCCUAAAACCUGUACAUGGGGGGUACUGUUUUACUCGGGAUACUUUGCUAAACACAUAUAUUAGUGUUUCAAAACCGUAAAAUAUAUCACAGCGAUAUUGUUCGUGAAAGUGACGUUUUUUGCAUUUUUCACACACAAACUGCACUUUCACUUUUCAUAUUAUUGUUGGAAUACUUUUUACUGUUUUGAAACACUAAUAUUUGUGUUCAGCGAAGUCUCCUGAGUAUAAAAGUACCCCCCAUGUAGAGGUUUUAUAGUGUUUUUGAAAGUUACAGGGUCAAAUGUAAGGCUUGAUUUUCCUUUUUUUUUUUUUUUACAUUGAAAUUUGCCAGAUUGGUUAUGUUGCCUUUGAGAGCGUAUGGUAGCUCAGGAAUGAGAAUUUCCCUCAUGAUGGCAUACCAUCAGGGCCGGACUAGGGAUACAAAGCAGCCCUGGAAAAAAAUCUAUGCCAGCCCCGCAGCACGGCGUGGGAAGAAAAAAAACUGAGUAAAAACACUAUUUUUAAACACACACAGACACACCAUGACAAACAAACAUAAACCAUGACCGAUGACAAACACACACGUCUUGACACACACACACCUUGACAGACAUACGCACACCAUGACACACACACACACCCACCAUGACAGACAGACAGACACACACCAUGACAGACAGACACACAAUGACACACACACCAUGACAGACAGACACACACACUGACACAUAAUAUAGCUACCUGUGGGCGACUGACGUGCAGGGCAGACAACUAGGUCAGCUGUGCUGCCGCCGCAGGGUGUAGCUGGCUCCUGGCUGUUCCGGCGGCCACAAGGGGGAGCUGGCUGUGCUGGCUCUGCUCCCCUGCACGCAGCUUAAUAAGACCGGAUAUUCCGGCCCCGGUCUCAUUAAGUAGCGCACGAGGGCGGGGGAGCAGAGCCGGAACAGCCAGGAGCCAGCUCCCCCCUGCGGCCGUCGGAACAGCCAGCUCCCCUCUGGGCCGCAGGUCAGUCAGCUCUCUGUCCGUCCCCAUGUGCCGACGGCCCACCGGGAAAUUUCCCGGUAUCCCGGUGGGCCAGUCCGCCCUGCAUACCAUUUGCAAAAGAAGACAACCCAAGGUAUUGCAAAUGGGGUAUGUUCAGUCUUUUUUAGUAGCCACUUAUAGGGAUCGACCGAUUAUCGGUUUUACCGAUAUAAUCGGCCGAUAUUCGGUAUUUUCGGCAAUAUCGGUAUCGGCCACUAUAUAUACCGAUAUUGCCGAUAAUACCUCCUAGGACCUCCAGGCUCAUUAUAAAUCCACCGGUCCUGGGGGGUGGAGGGGCGCAGGUAGCGUUUACUUACCUCCCCUGCAGCUCCUCCAGCUCCCAGUGUAAAUCUUGCGAGACCCACGGCCGUCAGGCAACAAGGGCAGCGAGAUUUACACUGGGAGCUGGAGGAGCUGCAGGGGAGUUAAGUAAACGCUACCUGCGGCCCCCCCCAGCUCAGCCAAUGCCACUGGACCACCAGGGACUGUCAUAUCCCCCCUCCCUGACCAGGUAACAAGCAGGCAGGGGGGACAACAAAAAUAAUAAAACAUAACUAUUAAAAAUAAGCAUAAAAAAAUAAACAUAAAUAUUAAAAAUUAAAAUAAACAAAUAUUAAAAAUUAAAAUAAACAUAAAUAUUAAAAAAUAAAAUAAAACAAACAUUAAAAAUAAAAAUAAAAAAAUGCCUCCCCCCACCCCAUUUUACACAAAUCACAUCCCUUCAGGAAAACACACACACACUGCAUUAUACACACACACUACACACUCUGUAUAUAACGCAGAGUGUGUAUAUAGUGUGUCUAUAUAAUUUAGUGUGUGUGUAUAUAAUGUAGUGUGUGUGUGUGUGUUUAAUGCACAUACUACACACACUGCAUUAUAUACACACACACUACAUUAUAUACACACAAACACUGCAUUAUAUACCCACACAUACUACACACACUGCAUUAUAUACACCCACAUAGUACAAACACUGCAUUAUAUAUACACACACACUACAAACACUGCAUCAUAUAUGCACAGACACACUACAAACACUACAUUGUACACACACGACACACUGUAGGCAUUAUAUACACACACUAUACAAACACACUGCAUUCACUAUACGCACACUACACACACUGCGUUCGCUAUACACACUAAACACUGCAUUCACUUUACACACACUAUACACACACACACACACACACACACUGCAUUCCCUUUAUACACCACACACUACACAAACACACACUCUGCAUUCAUUAUAUACACACUACACAAACACACCCUGCAUUCAUUAUAUAUACACUACACAAAUAUACACAGCUCCACUGUCUAAACACACUGCAUCCAGUGCAUGUGGCUUUUAUAUUUUGUGCAUUUACGUUUUAGAAAUAGUAUAUUUUUAAAAUGGUAAAUGUACAGAAUAUCGGCAAGUUAUCGGCUAUCGGACUGAAAGUUAACAGAUUAUCGGUAUCAGUAUCCCUAGCCACUUAGUCACAAACACUGGCCAAAGUUAGCGUUCAUAAUUGUUUUUUGCAUUUUUAACACACAAACAAAUAUACACGCUAACUUUGGCCAGUGUUUGUGACUAAGUGGCUACUAAAAAAGACUGGACAUAGCCCAUAUUGAAUACCCUGGGUUGUCUACUUUAAAAAAAUAUGUACAUGUGAGGUAUGAUUUGGGGAUUUAUGACAGAUAACAGUGUUACAAUGUCACUAUUGAUACAUUUUAAAAAUAUAUAUUUUGAAACAGCAAUAUCCUACUUGUACUUAUAGCCCUAUAACUCGCAAAAAAAAGCAUGUAAACACUGGGUGUUUUUAAACUCUGGACACAAUUUUGAAUCUUUUUAGCAGUUUUUUUCAGUAGCUUUUGUAGAUCAGUAAAAGAUUUUUCUAGUAAAAGUAAAAAAAAAGUUUUGUUUAAAAUUUUUCACCAUAUUUUAUUAUUUUUUUUAAAAGUAAAAUAUAUGACAUGAUACAAAUAAUGGUAUGUAAAAAAGAAAAGCCCUUCUUGUCCUGAAAAAAACUAUAUAUAAUUUGUAUGGGAACCGUAAAUGAGAGAGAGGAAAAUUACAGCUAAACACAAACACCACAAAAGUGUUAAAAUAGCUCUGGUUCUUAACGUACAACAUGGCCAAAACAGUCCGAUCCUGAAAAUGUUAAUCCCUUAUCAGCUGCAAGGGAGGGGCUGUGAUGAAGAGGGCACUAUAGUGUUAGGGAUACAGAUUUGUAAUCCUAACUCUAUACAAUCCAUUUAUUAUAAGAUGCAGUGCAUCUCGCUCCAGGUGAGAAUGUUAUGAUAUGCACAAUUUGCUAACUAGCAGUGGAGUAUGCCUGAAAUAACCAUGUAGAAUCAAUAAUAAACAUACCUAGCCAGAGAUACCAGAUGCUGACACCCACUGUGUGAAAGAUAAACAGGUGGUUCAGUGCGAGAAUUAGUGGCCGGGGGAGAGGGAAAUUAUGGGUGGGGGGGGGGGAACCAUGCCAGCAGGCAUAGACCGGGUUGUACCAAAAGGGUGUGUCCCAAAGAACACUCAAUGUGUUAUAAGCUUCUAUAAAUUAACUUUGAAAAAUAUGUUGGAAACAAUAAUAUAAAGCAACAGUGAAAAUUGCAAUUCAGUCGCUUAAAGUAUUACUGUAGUCGCGGGGCUUCCUCUCAAGUGAAUUUGAUCGGGGUCCCAGGAGAUCUGAUGCUGUGAGUGCAGAGUAGAUUGAGGCCUCAUAGCAUCGGUCAUCAGCCCAAGCUUCUGAAGGGUGCCUGAGAUUUCCAGGACCUCACAAACCGUUAAUUCCCGAGGGAUAAAUUUGGCAUGGUGGUGUACACAAUGUGUAUGGCACCUUGUGGGUAACUCCCUGGUUAUGUGUCUAAAUGAUCUUCGCCAAUCUAUUGUGGCUCUGGACAAAAAGUAUGUAUUUAGUUCUUUUUUUUUUUUUUUUUUUUAAUGUAGGUUCACUGUUAUCAGAGGGUGUGUUAAUAAAUGAAUAUCAGGAAAAGACAGAAAUGUUAAAUAAUUAUUUUUCUUAAGUACAUAUCAAGCAUUAACCUAUGGCAAGAGAUAUGCAAAUGAUCGCUUCAGAAAAAUAGUUAUUUGAUGACUCAAGACAAGGUGCUGCAGCAACUGAAAAUAGUAAGGGCAAACAGUGCCCCAGGCCGAAAGUCUGUAUACACCCACUUAAGGAGCUUAGUGUGGAAAUAAGCGAAACUCUGUCUUUAAUUUUUCAGAAUUCUUUUUCUUUCAGAAAGUGGAUUGGGGGAUUGGAGAAAGCUUGAUGUAGCUCCACUAUUCAAAAAGGGUUCAAAAUCUCUGCCCAGAAAUUUUAUUCCUGUGAGCCUAAAUGAUUCUUAAGGGUUACUAUUCAAGAAUUUAUUGGGAACAACAAUGUAUUUAGCAGAAAUCAGCAUGAUUUUAUGAAACAUAGAUAAUUUCAAACUAACGGAAUUGCAGAAAUAUAGACCAGGGUGUUGAAAUGCAUGCAAUUUACUUGGUUUUUGCCAAGCCAUUUGAUAUGGUUCCACACAAAAGGUUAGAGUUUCCUCUUAAUAGGAAAACCACCUUCCUUCUGCUAGUCACACCUCCCUUAGGCAAUCUUCCAGCGGUAUUCAACAGAGACCAAAGUGACUGCUGGUGGAAGGGAAUUUCAUUGCCAGAAACUGGGAGGUUGACCAACAGUUUAAAUAGUACAACAUGGAUUUAGUCAUGUGUUUUCAGAGAGGACAUUAUUUGCAGGUUGUCCCUUCAAAUCUCUAUAUUAGAACACUUGACUUCAUUGGCAUACAGUUGGUUGUCAAUCUUUUGCCCUUUAUUACACCACACCAUGCAAUUUUGGGCAUCUGCUCUCCUAGUGGUGGGCUUCAAAAUUAAUAAGUAGAAUGGAAGAUUUUAGUUUUGAAGAAAGGCUCACUAAUCUAAAUCUGUUUAGUUAAGAAAAAAGUGUACCUCAGUUGAGAUAUGAUAAGAAAAUACUAAUAUAAUCAGGGCCAAUACAAACUGUUACAGAAGUCCCCUCUGUCUGCUACAUCCUGGUUACCUUGCUAUUAUUUUUGUUACUUUUACCCAAACAAUUAUUACAGGCCAUUCGUAUGUACGAAUGGCCGACCACCCGGCCCCUGGCGUCUGCCGCCAAUUAACCUAGUUCACCUUUCUAAACACAGAACAAACUGACGAACGGACAACCACCCUACCUGAGAAGUGUGCCUACAAUCAAUCACCCAGGAGCUGCGGUUUUGUGGUUAACCACAGCCUAAUUGACUGUCAUCAGGGUAGUCACCGUUCGUAUGUAAAAGGUCGAACGGGCUACCGAACGAACAGUCGAACUAACUCCCAAACGCCCGACCACCCAGCCUCUGGCGUGUGCCCCCAGUUAACCACCUUGAAGCUGCGGUUUUGGGGUUAACCGCAACAUAAUUGAUCAUCGCCAGGGUGGUCAUCGUUCGUUAUGCACGAACACGUGGCGGCGGCCUUCUUUUAUUGUAGAACGCCCAGCGGGACCUGGUCGUCAAACUUAAUGUACUAUUUUCGGACAAUAGUUUGCGCGAAUCCUGCUGGGACACAGCAUGUCCCGUCCGUGCAUACAACCACGAAAGACAUGCCGUUCGACACUUUGUCUCCACGAAAGCUACACCAGCCCCUGGCCAGAUCCCAUGGCCAAGGAUACACGGGCUGCUAACAGUCGAACAGUUGAGCCCUGUAGACAAGUUUCAUCCCCAUGGCAUUCGCGAACCAUUAGUGAGAUCUGAGCGCUUUUCGUGUAUUUUGUGCACUCAGUUCCAAGCUUUCUGGGGAUGGGUUGAAUGUGGUAUUUCAACAUUAUAAUGUAAAAGUUAUUCAUUUUUAUUCAGUUUUUGUGUAUGUAUAAAAGUGUGGUUAUUUCAUGUACCUGGAGAUAAUGGAGUUACUGUCAUCGUUGAGACCAAUUAUCACCAGAGUAGGAGGGAGUGUUUUGUAAAAUGCACUUUGUUUCUAUUGGCUGUUACACUUUGUAAUCCUGCGAACAAUCAGGUCCAGAGGGGUGUUCCUCUGGCCUGAAAAUAUGUAUUUAAGCCGUGCAUGAGUACCCAUUAAACCAGUUCUUCUUACUCUCAACUCGCAGCCUUGUGGGAUAUCUACAUUUACAGGAUUGCUGCUGUAUGCUGUUCGGAGCGUCGCUUUCUCUCUUCAAGAUCGGGAACCAGGACAUCAAAAGUGGUCCAACUUUCAAAUAGCCUGGAGGCAACCAUAGCACAAACCUUGUCUGGAAUAAUUUUUUUAAAUAAGUGUAUACAUAGGACAUGAGGUCACCCAUUUAGACUAUAAGAAAUGAGAUAUAGUCAAAGUGAAAGGGUUCUUUACAGUAAGAACGAUAAAGAUGUAGCUUUCUCCGUCUGAAUAGGUGGUUUUAUCAAAGUCUGUACAGAUUUUAAAAAACCAACUGGAUGAAUUCUUGCAAAAGCAAAAUAUAUAUUUAAUAUGUGGGUUAACCGCUUCUUGAUCCAGGGAGAAAUCUGAUUGCCAUUCUGGUGUUGAUAAGGAUUUUUUCCUAGUUUGUUGCCUUCUUUGUCUUCUUUUUUGGAAUCAACAGCAGAAAUAGAUGCGAGAAAACCUAUUUGUAAUUAUAACUUAGAUAAUUCAACCUGUGAACUGUUUUAAAUUAAAAAAAACCUUCUAUUUAUUUUUUUUGCAGUUUGAUGAAGUUCUUAAAAUGGGAAAUCUCACCACUGAAUAUCCACUAGCUGAGACCAUCAUGUUGGUAGGAUUCUUCCUUACCAUCUUUGUGGAACAAGCAAUUCUGACAUUUCGGAAAGAGAAACCUUCUUUUAUCGACAUGGAGACUUUUAAUGCAGGUUCGGAUGUUGGAAGUGACUCAGAAUAUGAAAGCCCAUUUAUAUCAUCCAACAGGAAUUGUAAUCUCUACGAAGGUGGGCACAACCACCACUCUCACAGCUUAAAUAUACAAGAUCUUUCCAAGUCAAGUCCUCUUCGCCUUUUCAGCUUGGUGUUUGCACUGUCAGCCCAUUCUGUUUUUGAGGGCCUCGCACUUGGCUUGCAAGAUGAAGGUGAUAAGGUGCUGAGCCUAUUCAUUGGUGUUGUCAUCCAUGAAACAUUAGUGGCAGUGGCACUGGGCAUCAGCAUGGCAAAAAUAAACAUUCUGAUGAGAGAUGCUGCCAAAAUGGCAUUGCUAGUGAGCAUUAUGAUACCUAUUGGUAUCGCCACUGGAAUGGCAAUUGAGAGUGCCCAGAACUUGGCAAGCAACAUCACCUCUGCUCUUUUGCAAGGCAUUGCAGGAGGGACAUUUCUGUUUGUCACCUUUUUUGAAAUUUUGGCAAAGGAGUUUGAGGAUAAAAAUGACCGAUUGUUAAAAGUGCUUUUCUUGGUUCUGGGAUACACUGUUUUAGCAGGAUUAGUCUUUUUUAAAUGGUAA